GUAACGUGUUUUGCUUUAGGUGGCGGGACUCUCAGGCUGACGCUUCAGGAAGUUGGUCUAGAUUAAAUGGGUGACUUUUUGGUGAAAACAACUAAUUUAGCUUAAAUGUAGGGGCUCAGAAGUUUCUUUUAGGCCUUCGAGCUUCGCAUUUUAUAACAAAGUUAUCGCUGCUCUAAUCUAUCGGACUGACUAACUUUACUAAAUCAGUCGUCCUUCUGGAUUUACACCAGCCUGUAAGAGUGAAUCACUUAAAGUCCAAAUGGAGACUCUAUUAGUCAAAGAAAACCCUCUACUUUUACCUCUUAACAAGGAGAAAACCAUUUAUGACGGAUUUAUUACUGUGCAGGUAAGCUCAAGCGUCAAAGUUGUAUUUUGUCGUUCAAACAAACAGUCAUCCAAACUACAUUCAGUAAACUGAAAGUUUAUCUUCACUGUUACUGUGGAACCUCGGCACUCUUAGUAUAACGUGGCUUUAAACAUUCAACACAUACUGAGAUGGUGCAUUGUAGUUCGGCAUAUGUGUCAUUUUCCAACUCCUCAUAGAUACUAUUUUUGCUAUUUAUAUUGACAUGCAUGCUCAACGCUGCACACGUUCCGUUAUGUGAACGUGAGAUACAAACUGUGGUACAGUAGCCUACUCUGGAACUAACUAUACUUAUGUCUAGUUCAAUUUUGUAUUUGAAUUUCUCGAAGUUGCCUUCAUGCUGAAUUGAAUAUUUCAUUCUGCUGAUUCAGAUGUGAUGAAGCAUGAAGUCAUACCUUAUGUGCACAUUCAUCAAUAUUCAGAUCAUUUGUAUAUUGAUAAUUUCUGUGUGGAGUUUGGCAGUCACGUGGUUGUUUUCCUCAGUCAGUUUUGGAAAAUAUUGACUGAUUCAGUCACUUUUCCUGUGAUGAGUUAUUUAGAUUUUUUUAAAAGAUGAGGUUAAAGAUCUUAUUGUGAUGAUGAUCUAAGAAAACACUGACUGUAUAUUACAUGGACACCACACUUCUGUGCUCUUUCCACAGUGAGCUGUGAAGCCAAGGUCAAACGACUUUCUGUAAUAACCGUUCUUGUUGAUGUUAAAUAAAUAUAUUAACAUAUAUGUAUUGCUAUGCACACACUAGCUGAAUGCAGAUGGUCUGUGAUGGGAUGCAUAUACAGUAUGUGUUACUGCAACAACUUAGCACUGUUUUUAUAUCAGAUAAUGGUUUCAAAUGUGUGUCGUUGAAAAUGUAACCCGAAUCUGACAAUUCAGGUUACAUUUAGUCCGCAUGUAAUCUUUACAUUUUAUCAGCAGCUCUUCUACCUUAAGAGUGUGGUGGUGGGAUAUUUACUUUAGGUAAGAGUUAUCCAUGCAUAAGGAGUUGUAGGCGCACACAAACAGAGCCAUGUUAUGGAGAAGUACAGCGCAAGCUGAACUAAAAAUACUGCAGUGGUGGUAUUGAACUGUGAAUGCUGUACAAAAAUGGUGAAGACGUAUUGAGAUUUGUGGAAACUGCAGUAAGAAACUGUUUUAAGACAGGUAUCUUUCAAAAAAAACAAGUUAUCAUAGUUCAGUUUUAUAGUUUGACUCAUGCACCUGUCAACGAGGGAGGCGAGGAUAAUAACAGGUACUGCAGCUGGUCAGUAGGGGGAGCUUUAAAUCCUUUGAUCUCACAAUCAGUGAAUGUUUAUGACAUCCACUUUAAUAUACAGUGAGCUGGAAGACAUGCCAUGCUGUCAUUGCCGUCACUACUAAAAGAAGUCGUCUAUUUACUGGUUUUAUUUUGAAGUUAUCAUCUGAAAUUUAGAGAGGAUCUCAGGGAAACAAAAAUGGAUUAGUUAAACGUGCAUUCACGUGUGCUAAGGGAUCCCGUAAUAAAUAACUUAAGCUAGCUUAUUUUACUCCCCUAGUAUAUAAGAUUUACUCGUCACACCAAGCGUCUUUAACAUAUGUUAUUGCUUUGCUUUACAGGAACAAGACUUUAGACUGAGAAUUGCUCUACCACCAGAUCUUCAGCUGAAAAGAGCCAGGUAAAUAUGAACACCUCAUCACCUUUAAUGGGACACAAAGCCCAGACAGCUGAUGUAGGCCAAACUCAUGCUCUAGUUGCUGUAUCUGAUCACCUCUUUGUUCCUGCAGGCUGCACUGCAGUUGGCAGUUGAAACACCUGUUGAGUGGAUAUGAACACAUAGUGAAGCAGGUAAAAUGCACAUACAACACAACACCACGGGUGAAUUUUUCCUUGAAUUUGUGUCCUUAUGUCUUUGGUUGAUCUGCACCUGCCUCCGCUUACUGUCAUUAGGCUGAUUCUUGUGAGUGAUUAACAUUUUUGUUGUGUCAUUUUGGCUCCUUUUGUGUUUUUCUGCAUCGUGCCAGGCGUCCUUCUCAUGCUCUCUGUCAGCACUCCGCCUGGCCCUCACUCUCAAGCAGAGAAAAAUAUUUUUCACUGUUUAAUUAACAUCGCCUGGAAAAUGUCCCUAUUUGUUAUGUGGCCCCUCAGGGUUAUUUGGAUGAGAUUGAUAUUUCACCCCGGGCUGCAAAGUUCAUUAUUUUCACAGCCUUUAAGCUAUCAUUAAUUAUUAAAGCUGGUGGCAGCCCCCAUUAAUCACAAACACUGUGUUUGAUUUGAAUGGCUGGCUAGAGGAAAAAUAGACAGUGUCACUUCAUUAUCCUCUCAUUCAAGGAUGUCUUUUCUCUUGUGUUUGACUCCUCACAGAGGCUGCAGCAGUCGGCCGAUCUUGUCAGUUUCAUUCUGGAGCUGAAGACUGUCUUGGUAAGGAGGAGGAUGACACAGUGGUUUGCACGGUCACUGUGACAUUGUUGCUCUAUGAAUAGGAACCUUCAGGCUCUAUCAAUAGUCCUGAUUGUGAGGCACACACGUACAUGAAUAUUCUGUUAGAUUAAUGGGAAGUGUUGCAGCCUUUGUGCUCGCCACCAAACAGAAGCAUAUGACUUACUGGCCCUGAUUCACUUCUGCUGUAUUUCUACAGUGCAGAGUGGUGAAGCUGUGUUUUAUCCAUUGUUAUAUGAGCUUAGAAUAAAAAGCUUUCUGUCUCCGUUAUGACAGGAAGUGUGUCUGAAGAGCCGCCCUGAGUGCCGCUCCAUCCCACCUCCUCAGUAUUACUCUCAGCUCAUCUCUGAAAUGGAGACCCUCGGGUGGGAAAAGUAAGUGACCACUAGCAAACAACCUUGACAUCCUCAUUACUUAAAUUUUUAGGGAGUUUGCCAUUACAUCUUAUAUUAAAUCUUAUAUGAACGAUUUGGGGUUUGUGUUGGUUUUGGUGCCCCCUGUAGACAAAGGGGUAUCUCCUCUCUUGGCAGGUUUUUGUCUUAUACGUGCUCUCUCCCUGUUUCAUUGUAACACUCAUUGGGUAAAUUUGCUGAGGUAAAUAGAAAAAAGACCGUUGUGAUAACAUCUAGCUAAUCAAAUUAACCAUUCCUUAUGACCUGGCAGCAGUUUUGGACAUCAAAAAUGAGCAGUCUUGUUAUUGACAGUCUUGUUUGGUCAUAAAGAGGCGCCCGUGCUAAUUUUCAUCAAGAGUAGCAUUAAGAAAAAGUUCAAAUACACCAUAAAGCAGUCCCUAAAUGAGUCACUAUGCUUCAUGAAACUGGCAUGCAGCCGAUAAUCUUAAACUAAGCACUUUAAUGUAAUUAUGCAUCACACUGACUGAGAAUAUAUGUGUCUCUGUGUUUUUUUUCAUUCUGUUGUUGGUCCUACGAAACAGUCAUCUCCGGUGAAUUUUCUCCAGGGUUAGGAGAAGUGAAUAAGUGAAAAAAACUGAAGACACAACCUCUUCUGUUAUCUGGUUUUAUGGGAACAGAAGCAGUAGUUGUCAGAUGUUGGAUAAUUUGGCCAAAAGUAGUCUUGCUGCUCUUUCUUUUUCAUUUCAACUUUAGUUUUCAGGUUUUUUCAUACCUUCAUCGGAGAGGAUAGUAUGAUGUGUAAAGAAGGGAAUGGGGAGAGAGUAUUAGGAAUUACACGCAAAGAAAGUAGUCAAAGCUGGAGCCAUACUAAUACUUUUAAUUUCUCACCUCAUUUUCCCUCAGCUCUGUUAGUGUCCCCCUCUGCUCACCCACACACCACACCUGCAGCUUUCCUCUCUACAGCCUGCACACAGCAGUGUGUCCCCCUACUGUUAUCCUCCUCUGUGUCAGAUCUUUUGACAAAAAGUCAGCAGCAGCACUCUUUAUAAAGAUGCCCAAAUAACACAGCUCCUGAUUUGAAAUGUUUCACUUGAUAUCCUGUCAUUACCAAAGGUUAUCAGUAUGUGAACACUCUCUUUAACGAUGCUGUCUUUUGCAAUCAUCCAUAACUAAGAAAGUGCAGACCGACAUCUGCAGAAAGCAGCUGGACGGAAGUUUUUGAGAGGUAUCAUACACAACACGCUCUUCAGUUGAUGCGUCAGAGAGUCAAGGGAAGAGAGAGGCAGAGGAUCGAGAGAUUGAGUAAAUCAUUAAUAGUAGAGGGUGAUCAUAUAUCACAGGAGCCCUUAAUUCAAUAUAAUAAAAUAAAAUAACCAACCGUGUUUCUGAUCAUGUUAUUUUACUACAUGGGUUAUGAGAAGUUAUCACCAUGAUAUUGUGGUGAAAACUGCUUUAAAGGUAAGCUUUAAGUGUAGCUUAAGUGUAGUACUUAAGUGUAGUACUUAGUGUAGCUACAGUGGAUAUAAAAAGUCUACACACCCCUGUUCAAAUGCCAGGUUUUCCUGAUGUAAGAAAAUGACGGCAAGAUAAAUACUUUCACAAUUUUUUCCACCUUUAAUAUGACCUUGGCAGGUCACAUUAAAGGCAGAAAAAGUUGUGAAUUUUUUUAUCUUGACGUAACUUCUUUACAUGAUAAAAACUUGGCAUUUGAACAGGGGUGUGUAGACUUUUUAUAUCCACUGUAACUGCGUCUGCACUGAUACUGAGUGAAUGGCCUCUUAGUGUGAAGAUAUUCAAAUUGGCUUACAAUGAGAAUUAAGUGAUAAUCAAAUAAUUAUUUUCCUCUAAUGUACAGCAUGCUCAUGUUCCCAUUCCCUCAUGUUCCCAGGAUACCCUGGAAGUAAUUUGCUUGAUGAUGGAGAUUAUUUCUUGAUGUUCCAGAUUCCUCCACUCUGAAAAGCUGCUGCUGCAGAAAAUUUGUAGGUUUUACUGUAAAUUUCAGAGUUUGUGGGCCAAAAUAUUAUCCUGUAUGUUAAUGAUGCAGAUGUUUUCUUCUUUCUUGUCUUUUCCCUCGAGGUAGGAUUUACAAACAGAGGUUUAUAUAUAUAUGUGUAGAAAACCUCUGCUUCUUCAACAGCUUCAUCAAGCACUCCUCGCGUUCCUCCCAGCAGUCUAAACCAAUAAGAGAGCCUGCGACAACACAGCUUCACAUUAACAAAUGGCUCUUAAUGACUUCCUUAUUUUUAGUUAUUGAGUUAUAGUUAAAUCCAGGUCACAUUUAAUAACUCUCAGCCCACGCAUGAUGACAGGCCCCGCUAAUACCGCCGUCUCCACUCGUCAGGAGAGAAGAAAGAGGAGGAGGGGGGCGACGGCGGUGGUGGUUAGUAGGAGAUAUCUAUUCUCCCCCAGCUCGGAUUAAGCCUUGACUACUACACUCAUUUUCCACUUUCCUAUUAAUGACCGCGGCUACAAUUAUGAUAUUAGCAAAAUGCAAAUGGCUCUAAUUGAAGACUCUCAGGUUUUAAUAGGAGGAGGGGGGGGUGAAGGUAUGCUUUAUGCUGGAAAUGGGACCAACAUCAUUUUCAGUGUCGUGUUACGGUUAGGAGGCAUUAUACACAGUGGGCCUCAAUCUCCAAAGCACUCGAGAUUCGCUUAGCGUCUUAAUUGGUAUGGGCCGUGCUAAUAGCCACCAGGGGUUUUCAGCUGUAAUUCUGUCUGCUGAUUGGGCCAGGUAAGUGAGUCUUUCUCACUCUCCUCUCUCUGUGUGUCUCCAUUUCGAGAGUGUGGUCAUCUUAAUUGGCUGAAGAUGGCAUACCACGUGUUAAUUAAUGGAAAAUGAGGUCAAGUAGGUCAGCCGCCAUCACUCGGUGGCCUCAGAACGUGGCCCUAGAAGCUCCGGGGCUCAUUAUGGGCACAGCUGGCACUUCAUGUUCACAGGCUCUCAGUGUUCGUACAGAGCGUCAUCUCUUUUUUUUCUGGCAGUGUUAUCACUCUGUCACACUGUGUUGCUGCUCUUCUGAGGCCAGUUAUCGAGGCUCUCUGACAGCAGGGCUCUGUUGGGUCAGCCAGACCACAGGGCUGGGGGAUAAGAUGCUUUCGAGCCGCGUGAUUUACAGAAGAACUGACGUCAAGCACAGUUUUUUUCUUUGACUGCUGUUUCUAAUCUUGAGUUUUACUUUCUAAUUAGUGCCAUUUUGUUUUGUCGGGGCCUGAAGUGGCCUUAUUUUGGUUGCAGGGUGAAGCAGGAGCAGGACUAACACUUAACAAAAUGGUAAAUUUUGUGUAGCAUUAAAGCUGCUACAUUCGCUGGCUAUUUAAUAAAUAGCACUGUAGGCUUUUUAAAUGUUUUUGACAUAGUUGUACUCGCAGGUUGAUGCCUCUGCAUGACCUGUGUAGUUGAAUGAGAUCAUCAGGAACAAGACUGGAUAUUUAUCACCCGAAAUCGAAACAUCAUAACCUCCAUUAUAGAUAUGAUAAAAAUAUGGCAAAGAAAAGGGAAAUCCCUCCGAGCAUGCCCACUUUGUCCGUGGCAAGAACGUUUUCCAUUGCUUUAGAUGAUAAGCCAUUCUCUGUUGUAGAGGAUGUGGGAUUUCCUAGGUUGAUCAAGCACAUUGAGCCCCAUUAUGCCAUGCUAAGCAGACGACAUUUCUCAGACCUGUAUUUACUCGAGCAGUUUAAGGUUGUUGCAACUUGCUUUGCAACUGCAUAAUUGAUAUUAAUUUAGUAUAUAAUAUCAAUUUUAAUUUAUGAAAUGUUAAUUUUAUUGUACAAAUUAAUAUUAUGUAGCUCACAGUUAAAGCCAUAAAUGCACCGGUACUAAUGAUUGGCAUAAUCAUUUCUUUUGGUGUUUUGGUUUUCGGCCUAAGUUGCCUCAUUUUUGGUUUCAACCAAGAAGUUUCAUUUGCAAUUUCCUGAGUUUUUUUUCCCCAUCAUUUAUUACAUUACUAGGCCAAAUAACAAAUAACUCCUAUAAUCUUUUACUGUAAAUAAAAAAAACACAUAGUAUUAGCAUAUAGUGUAUGCAGUUUAGUUUGGUAAAUAAUGAAGUUGACCUGGUUAGCCCAGUUAGACUGAAAGCUUGGCUAAUUAAUACUCGGGUGUUUUUAUGCCUCAUAAGAAAAGUGUGUCUGUGUGUGUUACUUUAUGUUCAUGAUUUGUAUAUACAUACUCCUUUGCUGCACCUUACAUCUCCCCCGUAUUCUUUGCUAUACCUUUUAUAUCUUUUAUGUGGAUGUGCAUUUCAAAUGCCCCACACACAAGCGCUACAUAUGUGUUGAUCUCGUUGUUCAUUAAUCACUUUGUCGGCACAUAAAAUAAGAGAUUCACACACAUGCAGGCUCAAAAGCACAAAUGCGCGUGUUGUGCACGGUCUGGAAGCAGCUCACUUGGCUGUUGAGUUGCAAAUGGGAUGCUCUCAUCAGUCUUCCCAGCAGGACGCCUGACUGUCACGCUGUUUCCAUCAUGGCCAAGUAGGGGCUGCAGCUCGUUCCUGCUAUCCUGAGUGUGAGACCUCACAGGAGAAGAGAUGGAAAUGUGUGUGUGAGUGAUGCACUAAUGAGACUUUCUCACCGCUGAUACUCUUCAUAAAGUCCUGAAUCUUAAUAAAUGGUCAACACUAAGUACUGGUCCAACCCGUCCUCUCUCUAUAUAGAGGGAAAUACACUUUUAUCUGCCAUCAAGUCCACCUGACUAUUGUUUCCUCGCUCUUUUUUAUUCCAAACUGCCCAUUUCAAACCCCUGUGAUGGGGUUUUUGUCUGCUUUUGAAAAAGAUUGAAAUUAAUUUCGAUGCCCCUGCAUGACCUAUUAAAGCAACACAAUUAUUUCUAUGUUCUUAUUUAAUGUGCCAGUGGAGAUUGUCCAACAAUCCAAAGUUAAACACUUUAAUGUAGACAUGUAGUAGUGGCAGCAGUGCCUAAAGCUUAUUUAAAAACCCUAACAGCUGAUGGAACAAAUGACCUCAAGUAUUUGUUAGAUUUGGCCCUCUUAGCAUAAGUUGACCUGCUGGCAAUGGCAAGAUGGCUUUGGCAAUCUCAUUUUGGUCUGCUUUAUUUCCUUUUUCGCACAUUUUUGAGCAGCUUUAGAUUGAUUUAUGUCACCCUACUGGAAAGCUAGCUAUUUCUGAUUAAAAGCAGUCUUCGGUGACUUACUCACCGAACACUUGUUAUUCAUAUACAGCAUGAUAGUCUCCCUUUUGAAUUAUCGUGUUCUCACAGAAGGUAAUAUAGCGACACAGUGGAAGUUAAUUCAUCCAAGUCAGCACAAGACUCCGUAAAGACUUUCCAGUCAGUACAGUAAAGACAGUCAUUUAGUUUUCAAAUAGCUCCCUCUGUCCAUACAGGAACCUCUUGGCGCUCCACUUUCCCUCUCUUGAGGGCCGGCUAAUAGACGGAUUGUCCAAUUAAUUUGUUUAAGUGAGGCAUAACAGAUUGACCAAACAAUUAAAUAUUGUCUACCUUGUUGGGAAUCAGAAUUUCUUGUCAGUUAAUCAAGUUUUUUGAUAUUUUUUAUUAUUAUAUGGUAGAAAUGCAGGGCCCCAGUCAUUGUGAUGCUGUUUGGUGGUAUUUUGAUCUCCAUUAAACGGAGAGCCUCUUAAAAGUUGUAUAUAGGCUGUUUCUUGUUAAACUGGCAUAUAACCACUCACCUGCACAGGCAUGUGGGCGUAAAGCUGGUCUGAAGUCUGGUGGUGCUAGCUCUGCUAAUGUUAGCCAUUCUCUGACUCUGUUAACCUGAUCCUCUGUUUAGCUGUCUUUACUUCACUAUGCUCAAUUUUUACUUCUUUCUGAGUGCUUUUAAUUCCCAGUUAGCUGAACUGUAAUUUCCUGUACAUCAGUCCCUGCAGAACAUCCUGAAUUGACACCUCUUCAGACUGUGCAAUGUGGCAGCCAGUGUGUUUUGGGAACCCGAAAAAGAAGACAGUGUAAUAGAUAGAGAGGUGUGGGCUGUAAAAGAGCUUGUAGCACAGAUGUAUCAGUUUGCACGUAACAGAGUUGAAUUGGUGUUAUCAGGGGGAUAGCGAGUGUGUUUGAGUUGUAGCUCUUAGUGUGCAUAUGAACUUCAAAAGCGUUGCCCUUCACAGGCGUUUGAUUGCAUGUGUUUGAAGCAGACAUUUUUAUGAAUCGGGCACAACGUACACCGUCCUUCCAUCACUUCCCUAAGUGUGUGUGUCAUUCUUGAGCGCACCGCUCACAUCACUCCUCUCUAACACACUCCAUAAAUCCUUGGCAGAUAUACAGCCCAUGUCAGCCUCAGCACAGAGCGUCCAUGGUAAUGUACUGUAAAUCUGGAGGAGGACCGUCCAAAUCCUUUGUCUCAGAUCAGUCUUUUGUCUCCAGGCCUUCAGUCAACCAGAGAAGGACUCCAGAGGGGGAGGAAGUGACUCCUUCAGAGUGUGCGGCAGUAAAUCUGACAGCAGUCUUGGUGUGUGCUCGGGCCAGAUCAGUGUUUUGUCCUCAGCCUCAAUAGGUUCUAAUUAGCCCAGGGAGGUGGUCUGAUUUACAGGUUGACUGGAGCUUGAAACAGUGAACCUUUGCUGAGGUCACCCGGAGACACAUCAUUUUAAGAGGGCUUGGAUCUGACUCCUGUGAAUACUCCAGUCCCUGUAGUGUCAGUAUCACAUUUGUUUUACUGGAGGAGUGACAGAUUGGUCAAACGUUUGUCAGAUGUGAACUAGUGCUGUAUGAUUUGGUGAAAUUAUGUGUCUGUCAUUAUGUUAGGCAAUAUUGCAAUGUGAUAAAUGGUAUUACAAGUCCACUCAGUGAGGAAGAUAAUAGUUUGAAGUGUGUGUUUUUCCAAUUUAACCUUAUAACUUUUCAGUCAACACAAUUUGAAUUUUGACUUAAAAAAAAAAAAAAAAGUGCAGUGCAGAUUAUCUUUAAAUAUGGACCAAGCACACACUGGAGACUCAUUUGAGAUGUAUUUCUGUACCUUAAAAGAGGAAAUCACCAAAUCUGAAAAAAUGAUUGAAGAGAAAAGUGAAAGAAGAGCAUUAAAGAAUACCAUCAAAUGUUAAAAUGACUGGUAAGUCAUCUUGAGAGGAACAGUUCUCCAUUCCUGAUUUGUGCUGUGCCACUGCAGGUCUGCUAGGAUUCGCUUUCAACACCAUUGUCUAAUGAUAGAGAGGUCACUGUGGCAGAUAGCGGUAUUCUGUCAAACUGAGUGUAAAACCAACACCCAACACUGAGUGUAAAGUCUAUUGAACCCUUAGAUAUGAGUUAUCUUUCUGUUGUUUUUAGACUGUAACUAAUAUUAGAGUUUCAAUAAAAUCCAGAAGUGAAUGUGUUGAUUUAUUUAAACCUCUUUGUUAAUAACAGUGAGUGAUUAUCCUCUUCAAAUGUCUCUCUAGUUUUAGUUGUAGCUUUGAUGUAGCCUACUGCAGCAACUUAGCGUUUUUUUUUUUUUUUUUUGUACCUCGUUACUUUUUUUUUUCUUAAACAUUUAGAAAGUUUGCAGUCUGUUUUCUGAAGGUCCACAUUCACACAUGCACUCCUGGAAAUUUAAAGAUCUUUGCUUUUCCCAUCUGGAAAAGGAUUGUCUCUCUCCGGCCUUGCGUUUUAUGCUGCGCUCCAGUCACCUUGGAAGUCAGAUGUCAGAGCUGGGAAUGACGUUACACCCGAGUUGACGGCGUUCCAGUAAACUUGUCGGAUAAUCAAGAUGGAUGCCUACUGUUAGCUGUUGUCUACAAUUGUCAGCUGUCAAUAGCCGUUGUCAGUUGUUGUCAGCUAUACUAGUUGUAAACAACGCAUAACACAGUAUUUUACUCUUACGAACACUAUAGCACUGAGCUCACAGUUAGGCGUUGGGCAGUACAACAUAUACCACUUAUUCAAUUUCCCAAAAACAAAAAAGAGGUGCUAAUUAAUAAUACAUUACAAGAGCUUUCUCUGUUAUUCUUUACUGUUGAUGCACUGCGCUGCCAUCUUGGAUUAUGACGUUGUCGUCAAGUCGGGGUUGGUGAGGACUCGGAACUCGAAAAUUCCUACUUUCGAGUACAACUGGAACGCAGCAUUAGCUACCGAUGACGGAGAUUGUAUGGAAUAAAUGCCAUGCCUCCACCCAAACCCGACUUAGCUGCAUAUUCACAUCAGCUGACCCUGACUUUUUGUGUAAAUUUUAGCUGCAGGCUGGCAGAAAGAGCUGUGGUGAAAAUUCCCCUCCAUUCUCUGCCAACCUAGAAGAUUUAGGGUAUAUUUCUAAAGUCUUGUGCAUACAUGUAUACAGAUUUACAGAAAGCAUGAAAUCUACGAUUUUUGUGUGCUGACCGAGCUUUUAAGUGAAUGAAAAUGACGCUCACAGUCCUUCCUGACUGAAUGUUUGACCCCUGAUGAAAGCAUUAGAUUAGGAUGUUUGGAAAUCAGAAGUUAAAGCAGAAAAGCGUGUCCUGCACCUUGUAUGUUUUUGAAUGUGAAGCUUCAGCUUGAUGUAAUGUUCCUGUGUUGGUACACAUGGCGAUAAAUCUAAAGUGUUGAUGUCUCUGUAUUGCUCUCAGCAGACGUGAUUAAUGACAGAUGAUGGCUGCUGUCACUUUAUCCUGUUAAGUGUACCCUUCUCUGUGCAUGGAUGUUGAUUUAUUGUGUAAUGUAUUGUGUAUUUAUGUGUGUGUGUGUCUGUCUUCAGGCUCCUCUUCAUAGACACAGAGUUCAGGACAGUGAAACUAAAGGCGGAGGAUUCCUCGGGAAGGCAGCACGUCCUCACUAUUAAGCUCAAGUCUAAGGUGAGACACACUCUCCUGCGCACACAGAAACACACACACAGUUUCCUGUAAGUACUUCUCACUCUGAAAAUUACCCACCAUCAACUGGAAAACUCUACAAUUUGAUGUUGACCUACAACCAGUCCAAAUCCAAACAGGCCAACUCCACCAAACGCAUACGGGAUGUUCAAUUUGCUGAUAGCAAAUCAGUGAUUUACAUCUGCGCCCCUAAAUCUGGGUCAAACUGGAGAGGGUGUGGAGAGACAUGAUAACCCACUGUGACUGAGAUGUAGCACAGAUAAAACAUCUCCACAUAGACCUCAGCGUGAUGGAAACCCUUCUUCUAUGCAUAAAGAGAACCAAUACACCCACACUCAUCUGCAUAGCUGCUGUCUGUGCUCGCUGCUGUCGCGGGGGGAGUUUGUACAACCUUUACCUACUGCAGAUAAAGGUAAAUGUAGGUUAGUGGAGUCUGGGGGGGUGUCUGUAAUGUUUUCAUGUCAUAGAUCUGAAAAUUGUCGGAGAGGAGAUGUUAAACUGAUUUACAAACUCAGGAAAAUGUAAUAGCUUUGGCUGAUUUUAGGGUGAGUUGUAGAUGCAUGUAGACCAGACUCCUCAGACAUCAGGCUGGUUCUCUUCGAAUGUGAUCAUUUUAUGUGAAUUCAAUUAUUGUGGCGUUAAAGGAGCUGGUAACUCCCUAAUAAGCAUGAGGAUCCUCACACGUCCCUCAGCCCCAUUACAGGAACCACUAAGCUGGUGAAUAGUGUUAAUAAAGAAUUAGAGUCCAAUCAGACAUUACUGCCUCAUCUUAACCUUCAUGGAUAAUUCUAGUUCAUUACUCCUCAGCUUCAAUUUUCUGUCCUGGUCGUCAUUUCAUUCAGUUAAAAUAACAUUUGUCUUCCCCAAACUGUGUUCACACUAACCUGCUUUAAAUAAUCAGCUGAUGCUUAAAGGAGAAUCACUCAAAGUUGGAGUCAGGAGAGUAAUAUUGGAUGAUUUUAAUACCAACCCUUAUUUGUAAACAGAGCACCUUUCUAAACCUAGGUUUGAAAAUGCCAUUUGUUUGUGGGGGGGAGCCCCGACAAGUCAAUCACGGAGUGCAGCAGAUCAUUUCCUUGAAGUAAUAAUCAUCAUAAUAAUCAUUUUGCUCUGCAGACGCGGUUGUUCUUCUGCAUAAGGGUCUCGGUCUGAUUGCAUUUCCAUGAAAUAAUGAUCAUAAAUGUUCUUCCUUGAGCUGCGAAACUCCGCUGCACUCAAUGAUGGGCUCGUCAGGGCUCCCCCACAGACAAGCAGCUGCGGUAAGAGUGUGGGUGAGUUGUGUUUAGUCUCUCUGCUAAAGAAAUCAGUCAAAGUUAAAAAGAUGUUUGGUGGCUAGUUUUGUGGCUGACUCUAUAUGUGCUGUUGAUGAAGUUAGGUGCUGAUCUGAGCAUUAUUUGUGGCUAUAGAGUGGCUUUUUGGUUGAGCGCGUAGCUCCUGAGACCGCUGUGUAUUGUUAUCAUGCGGUCAUUACUAAAGUUUGUGUAACUAGAGAAACAGGCGGUCGGCAGGGGGGGUGUCUAACUCUGUGUUAUGGUGUGUUUGACCGUAACUUAAUUUGAUGCCAGAAUACCCCUUUAACAACAACAGCGACAAGAUAAAAACAGUCUGUCUAGAUUGAAUAAAUAAAAUGAAAAUAAAUAAAAUGAAAAUAGCGACAUUCAAAGUUAGCAACCACAAUUUAAAAAAGAGUAAGAGGGAGGCACUGGGAGAUGAUAUGGCAAUGGCGCAAUCACCUUAUCUUUCGAAUUACAAAAGUGUUUGCCUCAGGGUUUUCCUUAUACCCAGAGAAUCAUACGGUGCUCUGUGUUUCUCACAGAGGAUGGGGGGUGGGGAAUCAAUGAAUAAAUCCAGUUCUGCCUUUUUUUUGAUCUCCCAACAUUGAAUCAUGUUUGAGCUUUGUGGGACCUGUAAAGUAACGCUGCACUUUGAAUCAAGUCAAGUCAUGAAAAUUAAACCAGUGAUGAACACAUCGCUUGGUUUGGAAAGCUAAAGAGAAGAAUUAAUUUUAGUUGGAUUAGAAGUUGAAGUAAACUUUCACAGAUGUAUGAGUAAAGGCACACAUCUCUCCCGUGAAGCAGGCAGAAGUGCAGGAAUCUCUGUGUGGUUGCAUAUUCCUGGCAUAGUGGGUGAGAGUGAGUUGGUGCUUACCUAAGCCCAGAUGACAUCCACCAGAGACAAGGGAGGGUGGUGGGACCCCUCUCUGAGCCCACCUGCCCAGCUGGCCCUCCUCACCCCUCUGGCACUGAGUAAAAAUAGCUUGAAGUCCUUCCUUCUUUCCAGCUGCUUCCGCCAGAUCCAGCGCCAGGUCAUCCCUCACCAGGCACAGCCAGGGAGGAGGCAGCACUGGCACGGACACACGGAGGGGCUUGGAUCACAAGGGAGGGAGAAAGGGAGAGCUCAAGGGAAGGACAGAAAGUAGCUUGUUGGUGAAGGUGAACAGAGAGAGAGAGAGAAUCUGGCUCAAAUCUGCUGACCAAAGCUUCUUAUCAAAGAGGGGCUUCUAGCUGCAUGUGGAGGCUUCCCCCACACUCAUAUUUAUGAUGAAUUCAGAACCAUAGGAAGCCAUAUUUGAUACUAAGCAUGAACAAGCAACCAGCUUCAAUAAAAACUGUCAAAUAAAAACAUUAUAGAAGAUUAGAAUACCAUUUUUUAAAAGUUCCUCCACUAUAAUACCUGUGAUUCACUUACAACAGGGCAGGCUAACUAAAGACUACGUAGUGCUUUGAUUCUGCAGAUACUUAUAAAGCUUUUACUUUGAAAACCCACAGCACCCUGCAGAGGCUCCUGAAUGUUCCGCUGACCUUCCUGUCCCACUUGCCAUAACCUGGACACCACAGGUACGUAUCGCUGAUCCAAGACUGUUCUACCAUCUUUGUAUGAAGCAUUUACUUCAUUUAAAAAGAUAUUUAUUUUUCUGUUGUGUUUUGUAAGAUGAAUUUUGUGCUUUGGACAAACUUAGUGUAGAAAUCUGAGCCUGAAAGCUCUUAUCUUUUCUCAGUUAGAUGGAAAAAAAACAUUUUUGACACCAGUGAGAUACUUUCUCUUGUGCAUGCAUCUUAGCAUGUGAAAAAAAAGUGUAUACGUCAGCUUCAGUACUCCAGGAGCAUUUUAAGUACACAACAAGCUUUGGCGUGUUCAGGGUGAGUCUGCAGAGCUGCAGGUGGACAGUACUGCGCAAAUUUACAGUCAGCUCUUAAAGGUUGUUGGUCCUUGUUGCUGUUGUUUGCUCUCUUGAUUUUUUAAAUGCGACUCUGCUUCUUAUCUCUGCCUCUGUGUGUGUGUAUGUGUGUGUCACUCCUUUUUUACACAUACACACACACACACACACACAUGGACAUGCUCUCUGAGAUAUUCAGUUUGAUUUUUUUUUUUUUUUGGUCACACCAGCAGUUUUCCAUCACAAAAACUACAGCUCCAUGUCUCAGCAUCACACUGGACCGACCGCUCUACCCAAUGUUUCAAAUACAUAACAGAGGAGUGUGUGUGUGUGUGUGUGUGUGUGUGUGUGUGUGUGUGUGUGUGUGUGUGUGUGUGUGUGUGUGUGUGUGAGGGUUAAAAUCAGACAGGAGAAAGUGAAACGGAGAAUUUGAGCAGAGAGAUACUAAUGUGUGGGUAUAUCUCAGUGUGCGUGUGUGAGUGUGUGAGUGUGUGCAUGCGUGCGUGUGUGCGUGCGUACUGUUGAGCCACGCUGUUGAGCUGAUACAUGGCAGGCGUACAGUGAGGACCAGCUUAGAACAGCGCUACCGUAUGGAGCCUGUCUGCCUGCUGGGCCGUUGAUGGAUCUCUCCCACACUGCAACAUGAAGUGUGUGUGUGUGUGUGUGUGUGUAUGUGUGUCUGUGUGUAUGUGUGGCAGGGGGAAGGGCCUGUCUGUCGGCAGCCCUGACAUGUUCAUUUGAAUGAGUAAUUAUUGCCUGCUCUGUUGCAGGGCCAAGACAUGCCACUCUGUGCAUUUGUGUGGAACUAGAAUGGCAAGAGGAAUAAACCUGUGUGUUUGUGUCUGUGUGCGCAGUGUGGUGUGUGUCCUUCUGUCCUGCUCGCAGUCUAAACAAAGGUGGUUUUUAACAACCAAAAAUGGCAUAAAUCAAGAAAUCAAGAAGGUUUCAGUGUGAAUGAAACAGCUUUAUAGGACAUUGUGAAGAAUUUCUACAUUAAAAAAAUGAAAAGCCUUUGAAAGUUAAAAAUAGAGCCGACUAUUGGAGAGCUGCAGAUCCCCAAAGGUCUGUUUCCACCUAGGGGUCUUGUGCAGUCCAAUGUCCAAAGUCAAAAUUUGGGAAAGGUACUUUGAAACAUGAGUACAAUUGUACAUUUUCGUGCCUCUGACAUAUAUAUAAGUGAUACAGGGAAAAGACAGCCUCCAGAUGAUCAUUCUUUGGUGAAUUUUUGGCCAAGAACCUCAGAGAAGCUCAGAGUAAAAAUCUGGUGUGAUGGCUGCUCACAAUGGCAGUCUGAACAGUCUAAUCUGUCAACCGGCAUGACAAAAAAAUCGAACCACUAGAGGCCCUUUCGCAACCAAUAUGCUUCCGACUCUGAGUGCCAGGGUAGAGUAAAAUCUGGAAGGCAAACAAGGUAAGAGUUUACUGUACUAAACUGAACCAAACUUAACUAAACUGGACUCACUAGUGGGAACUGCAGAUAGAGCAAUUAAUCAGUCAGGCCCAUAGACUGUAUAUACUAUGGGCAACUUGGUUCCAGCUUCUGCCAGUAUACGGAUUUGAAGCCAAAAAGCUUCAAGGUGGGAUUUAUGACCUAUACUGCAGCCCCUCACCAGAGGGUGCUGUUCUCAGAGGUGGCUUCACCCAGAGGAGGCAGAAGGCGUCCAUUCUAUCUACAGUCUAUGGUCAGGCCACUUAAUCGGGGCCAGUUAAUGACAUUUAGAAAUAUUUGGCAUUGGCAGAUAUUGGGGCUCAGGAGGUUGGAUAUGAAAAUUAUGUCUGCAGACACUGCAGGCAGCUCUGUCAGUGCAACAUCAGCACUCGCUCAAAACAGAUUGUAUGACAGCAGAUGAAAUCUUAAAGUUAAUGACAUGUGUUUGAUAUGUAUGCUGUUAGGAUUCAGAGGCUAGUAGAGUAGUACUACUACUUGAUGUACUGAUUUUACAGUUUAACUUGUUCCCUUUGAGCUGGCCCUUGAAUACUCCUUGGUUGGUUUUGGAUCAGGUCCUCUCUGGUACCUUUCUUUCCUCUCAUUGGUCUCCUGUUGGCUUCGUUCUCCUCUGGUUACUUGUUUUCUAGUUUAGUCUCUUUGACUCUAAAAGCUUUUUCCCAUCAAGGAUCCCAUGAGGCCUCUUUAUCUCAGGAGCCGGUACAGACCGUCUCUUCUGAGGGGCCUCAUUUGGCCUUCUGGUUUUUACACAUCAGUCUGUUUUUUUCUUGGCUUUUUAACUCCUGUAAAGUUUACAAGCAUCUGUGUUAAGAGGAGUGAAUUCUUUUAGCCCCGCUGCUCUAUAGAGCUAAAUUGAGGUCAGUCAAACAGAUAACAUAAAUAGAUAAAACCUUGACUUAGAUUCAGUCUCUUUAUACUUUCUCACAGCCUUCCACUCUCCUUCAUGGUCUGUUCUCAGAUACAGCAGGAAUUCAAUUACCAGCUCUUCUUCCCUGGUCUUUUUUCUCUCUGUGAACUGGGCCUAGCGCGGUUAUCCUGAGCUGUAGCCGUAAUCAUGCCACUGGCAUUAAUUGGGCUGUAAUUGCCGAGGCUCUCAGCACCUGGACGAUGCUUAAUUGUGUGCACUGUGCUGGCACAAUGACCCAUAAUUUUUGGUUCAUUUUUUCCCCUAAUUCUUUCCCUCUCAUUCCAUCUGCAUAGCUCUGCGACUCUUCUAUCAGCCUCCCUUUCUCUCCGUGUGUGUGGGUGUAAAUGAGGAUGUGAGCGGGUCUUGAGUUGUUUCAGUUUUUACCAACUGGUCAGUUUCUAUCAGCAUGUUUAGUCACUCUGAUUGCAGUGGUGGGUCGUAUUCCUUCGGCAUUGAGUUUUGUGAAAUAAAUGAAAUAUCUCACAGCAUCAGUGCUAUUAUGGGUGUGAAUGUUUUUUGAAGCAAGCAAAUAAAGAUGGCUGUUAACAUGUAAGGGAAUCUGAGUUCAACAUCUGUGCGUUGGUGACAUUAAAACUCUGUUAUAUAGAAUGAGCAUGACCAGUGAUGAAAGUCUGAUGGGAUGUUAAUCUUAAAGGUGGGGUAGGCAGGAUCUGAGGAAGUGGCAGUUUUGGGGAGAAAUCUUGAAUGUAAACUCUACCCCUCCCAACCAGUUCUCCCCUCAGCUCCUCCCCUCCCCUCCCUCUCUGCUCCAGCAAGCCCCGCCCACAAACAGAUGCUCCUGCUCGCUCAUAUCGAUAUAAUGCGGAUAAAUACUUCUGAUGAUUACAAAUGGGGCCCAGUCAACGUGAAAGUAAAAAGCAUUGGUGCUACUGUAGAUGCCAACAGACUACCAGCAAACACAAUGUUUGCAGGACUUCUACAACUAGGAUAAAGUGACAUAGUCCAGGACCCGAGGGAAACAGUAUAGCGACACUACAACACGCAGUAGGUCUGAUAUUGUAGCACGCUCACUUUGUUUGGGCUCAUGAAUGUUAUUUGAGUAUGUGGAGCGCGCCUCACAACAUGAGGGAGCAGUGUCUGCCUCACAACCAAUCAGGUUAGGGGAGACAGAGAAUGGCUUUGUUUACAGUCAGAAAGAGCGGGCCACUCAAAAAAUUUAAAAUGUUGACUAUAGGGCUGAAACGAUUACUCGAGUAACUCGAGUAACUCGAUUAAUAAAAUUCCUCGAGGCAAAUUAUAUGCCUCGAGGAAUCGUUUAAAUCCGGAACCAUGUGCAGCGCACGGUGUUUGACACGGACGGUUAUUUCUGUUGCGCAGCAGCGUGCUCUUUCCGCUCCUUCCGCUGCCGCGCGUUUCAUAGACAUAAUAAAAGGGUAGACCCCGCUGGGGGUGCUGUGCAGCGAGAAAUGCGGCCGCCAUCUUGGUCAGGUCAAGCUUCCCAUACGCUCCGGUCAAUCAUAUUCAUUCAUUCAGCGAUGCCGGAGCACUGUGCGGCGUAUUCCUGUGCCAACAGGCGGACAGCAGAGAACAGGGCUCAAGAAAUAACUUUUCACAGUUAUGAUUAAACGUUUUUUAAACAUUACACUUGACUGUAGAGUCAUUUGUAGGCCAAAGAGGAAGACUAUCGGUCAACUCCAAAAAGGAAACAGCAUUUGCGAACAGCUAGCUUAUUCACAAUAAUAGCAACUUUGGUCGAUUAUCAACAGAUUUGCAUUAGAUUGAAAAACUUUUGUUUGAGAGAGGUUCUAAGAAACGUUAAGAAAUAAAAUAGAAAGAAAAAGGAAGAAAGUGAGCUCUGUUUUAUUAUCUGUUUUAUUAAAGAUUUCUUUGUGGUGAUCUCCUGUUUCAUUUUGAAGAUUUCCUAAGGACAAAAACUUGAGGAAGAAGUGGGAGAUUGCUGUUAGAGGGAGAAAUUCGCAGCAAGUGAUUCCUCUGUGCUGUGUAGCCAACAAGCAAAUUGAUAUGUAGUUUCGAUGCUGUCCUGUCAUGCUGUUCUUGUGUUUAAAUCUUUUUGAUAUGUAGGCUAUAUAUUUGUGUGUAUUUUCCAGUUAUUAAAAUAGUGCUUCUAUAUGACAUUAUUUGUGUGUGUCUACAAAUGGAUAAAUAAAAUUAAACUAUAUAAAAAAUUAUAAUCAAAUCAAUAUAUAUUGAAUUGGCCUAUUAAUACCGCCAGUUAUUAAUAAUUAUUGAGACAUAGCAGGAACCUAGCUCUAAACCUAAAUAUAUCCUUGAUUAAUUGUUAUACUAUAAUACAGCCACUGCUGCCAUGUUCUAAAAUAUCAUUUUAUUCAUUCUGAGUAUUUGAAAACGCCAAAAAAAAAAUAUGGCCUCUAUCAUGCCUCUUUGAAUGGCGUUUGCAGGGAAGAAAAUAACGUAGUAUUGAGCGAACUAUGAUUCAUUAAUGCGCUCAGACUUCAUUUCGCCGGUUAAACAGCGGUGCAGAGUGAGGCGGAUGACCGGACCAAGAUGGCGGCCGCAUUUCUCGACAGCGCCCAUUCGUGGUAGCGGCCGAUGCGGGGUCUAUCUUUUAUUAUGUCUAUGGCGCGUUUGCUUCAAUCAUGGAGGGAAACGAGGACAGACAGAGAGAGGAAGAAAGAGAUGACAUGCAGAGGAAACGGCAGAAAGUGUCUAAAGUGUGGGACCAUUACACACUGAAAAGGAAAGAAAACGCCGUGCAGUGCGCUCACUGUAAGGCGGAGUUGGCGUUUCACAACAGCACGUCGUCAAUGCUGCAGCACCUUAAAAGAAAACACCCGGUCCAUGCAUUAAGUCCGCUCUGAGGCAAACGUGAUUCAAUGCAAAGUAUUACAGUGAGAGCAAAACAUUUCUUAUCCGAUUACUCGAUUAAUCGACAGAUUAAUCGAUAGAGUACUCGAUUACUAAAAUAAUCGAUAGCUGCAGCCCUAGUUGACUACACAGACACAAGAGAACACAGCGAUAUUGUGAUAUUCCCAAAUGUCAUCAAUAACUAAUAGCUAUUGACUGAUAUUGAAAGCUUUUUUGUACAUACACCGCAAAAAAGGUGCCUCUUUAACGGAACUCUGCCUGCCCCACCUUUGAUCAAUAAUAUCAAUUUCACCAUACCGCACCAUUGCAGCUAUCCAGAGGUUCUUAUGACAUGAUGGAGCUCAGGGACUCCCAGAAAAGACUAGAUUAGUGACUCUAAUGGGACAUGAUGAUUCAAAGUUAAUGACACAAACAGAAAGAGGAUAGAGGAGGAGUGAAAGGUGCUCAAUGUGUGAGUAACAGCAGCAUAACAAAAAGCUGGACCAGGUCUGAACCAGCUCUAAAUAUGAGCUUUAUAAUAAAGGAACAAGUCACAGCUCUAAAAGGGGCCACAGACUUCUAAAGUGUUAUACUCUUUGGCUUUCCAGACUGAGUUCACAGCUGUGCAGGAUGCUGUUAGACAAUGGAAACCAGCUUCAUUAGAAUAAAAUGAUUCAAAACAAUACCACUCUAAGUAAAACAAAAUACUAAAUACAAAUACAGACUGGAGCGUUGUUUUUCCAUGAACUCCUAAUCCUCACCAAUCAUAUACUUUUCGGAGCUUUAAAUUUCAUGAUAUUGUUAUUGACUGUAUUACCUUUUCUGUCCUGGUUUGGUAGAGCACUCUGGACUUGCUCCACAGUCAGUUCCUGCUGGUUUUGGAGUCUCUGACUGAGUUCUGGGACGUCCUGGAUGAGAUUGACAGUAAAACCUGGAUACUGGAGCCAGAAAAACCCAGCCGCUCUGACACCAUGAGGCGCAUUGCCAUCGGUAGGUGGGCAGAUCUCUGCACUGUCAAAGACAAGUCCUCAGCUUUUUCUCUUUUUUUUCUUUUUUACUGAAAAAGCCAAUUGUUGUUGUACAUCCUUAUCCGUGUGUGCAGGAAACAACGUAUCCAUCAAAGUGGAGGUGGAUCCCAGACACCCCAAGAUGCUGCCAGAGUGCUGCCUGCUGGGAGCCGAGCAUGGUGGGUAGGAUCUCAGAGACACGGCAACACUUUGACAGUGUUUUCAGGCAGGAAAGAGGAGACGAAUUGUAUCUUCACUAAUACACACUAAGACCUGACACUCUGUAUUACAGCAUGUGAAAUCCUCUCCUUGUUAUGAUACAGUCAUCAGGAGCCCACAAGGUUUGGGAGUGAAUGUUAUUUUUUUUUUAAGUGUCUUUGAGGAAGUGAAGGUAAGAUUGUGUGAAUAAAUGGAUCAGUAGAUGCUGCUCGAAGCUCUGUAGCUUUUAGUUUAGUUGGACUAGGAUUGAGCUUUUACUUAAGUGACAUCUAUGAGCACAAAACUGAAAGCUAUCAUGUUAACUCCAUACAGCAAAUAUCUGGUGUACUUUGAUAGACUUAAUGCUCAUGAAUGCCGAAUAGCAUGCACAAGUCUCACCUUCAAGCAAGAGUGUCAUUAUAUCUUAUGUUGAUUUGAUAUAUUAUCUUUACAAACGCUGUGUUUCAGCUGAAAUGUUCAUAAAAACACUUAAAUGAUGGUUAAAUGUAUAAAGGGUUGACGCUGUAAGUUGCUUUUAUAUGUGAACAAACAUACGUAAUUGAUCAGGACAAGUAGAAGGGUUUAACUACAUGGUUUGAAAGAUGGCUGCUUUGGUCUUUGAGUCCAGGAGUUUUUUGGAUGAAGGUGAAUGCUAAAUUGGUUUUGCAUUGCAGCUGCUGUCAAUUGUUGUUUUUUUGGAAAUUUCACCCAAUAUUUCCGUUUUUUUUUUUUUUUUUUUAUGCGAUGAACUUUUUAUUGAGGCACAGCGAGUACAGCAACAUCCAUACAAACACAAUACCCCCCACCCACCCCCCUGGCAGCAUCCCUCGCUCCCCUCCCAGGUCUCCCCUGGACCAGUCAAAUAUCAUCAAGUGUCGACAGUGCAUUGUAGUGAGUGGUGCCCCUCUGUUCACAACUAUAGACUGUAUCUAGAAUGGACAGCGUCAUGGGUGAAGCCACCCUGAGAACAGCACCCUCUGGUGCUGCGCUGCAGUAUAGGUCAUAAAUCUCGCCUCUACCAGCAAAGCUUGUGGAGCUGUGGAGAAACUUUAGAAAUUAAUUACACAGUAUAUAAAUUUUUCUCCCCCCUGCUUGCAGUGUUGACAUGUAGUUACAGUCAGACUGGUUUGUGCUCAAGUCCUCUUUUUUUCUGUACAGCUCCAUUUUCAAAAGUUAUUAGGGGGGUUCAUGUUUUCUAUGAUUGACACCUGGCGCAGCCUAUGGGUGUACGAAGAUUACGUAGCUCACCCGGGGGAUACGCUGUUUGAGCCAAGUGUCAUCACAGCAACUCUCUGCGACUCUCCGGCCGAAUGUGUACAAUGCUACUGCUCAAUGUUGGUUUCAGAAAGUGGAGAAAAAACUCAGAAUUACCGAGAGCUUUUUGGCUUCAAAUCCGUAUACAGGCGGAACCAAGUUGUCCAUAGUAUAUACAGUCUGUGUUCACAACCCAAGAAGUUUAUCCUUGAUCUGCGCAGCUGCAACUAACCACGUCCCCAAAGUGGAGGCUUUAGCAUUAUAUUUCCGUCCUAUAACCAGAUACCAGACCAGUCAUAUAACCAGACUGCUACAGUAUUUUUCAACAACACCUUUGCUUCUGUAAAAUGUUUGAGUUUUUAAAUAUCCUUAAAUAACGUAUAGAAUAAGUAUUCAAUUUUGUGAUAUCACAAAAAAUAUGUCAAUGUUUUUGGUUAUUACAUUAUCAAUUCAAUGUCAGAAAGUGUAAAAAAAAGUUUAACAACUUGUAAAUCAUUCACAGGGUUACUACACAGGUGAAAUUUCCACACUUUUUAGAAUUAUUUUUGGAAAUACCAACUUUUCUAUUUUAGAAAUAGUAUUUGAGAUUUCUGGUGUUAGUCUGGAAACAUAAAUAUUUUUCCAUACUUUUUAAGACUUGGAAAUUGAUCAAAUUUAUUUCCAUACUUGGGAAUGAAUCCUGCAUUCAGAAUGGUAUCUUCUUAUUUUUGGAUAAAGUUUUUUCAAAAGUUAAAACUGCAAAUUUAUCUGACUCUUUAUCUGGCCUGAGUAUAGCAGUAAACAAUCAAUUAUGUGGUAAGUCAUUCAUCAAACUCUUGUCCUGAGUCUGAAAUCAGAGGUCUGUAGUGACACAAUGAUCUACCAGCUGAGGAUCAACCAGGUAAUAAAGUCCAGACUGUGGUUUUGCCCAGCUGUAUUCAGAUCAGAUCAGUGAGGAGCACUGAAAAAAGGAGUAAUACCGCUUUCCAGCAGAUUUCCUCACAACUCAACUUCAACCAGACUGCUUGGUGUUGACUAUUGUCUGCCUUCAUGUCAGAGGACUCGCCGUUUUCAUUCUUACCACACCAACACCAGAGCCAGCUGGCGAGCUUCGGCUUUCUAUUUAAGUCCCCGUCAAUUGUCGGCCAUUGUUUCUGUAAACCCAAGGUCAUGCAACACCUAGCCUGUUGCCUAGCAAUGCAACUCAAAAGAUAUUAAACACAUACACACCUCAGCCACCAAGACGGGAGGCAGGAGGCGACCCUCAAAUACGAGGGGUCGCGCAGAAAUAUUGCUUUUUGCAUGUAGGAAUAACAAAUAGUGAAAGUGAUGAGUGCUGCACGGAGACAAAGCUCCCCUGUGGAACAGAGGCAGCAAUGAUGGUUCAUAUCUGACAGCGGUGAUGCCGCCGUCUGUGCUGAGCCGGCCUGUUGUCAAAUAAGAGACGGCGUUUGAGGGUAUGCAGAGUAUGCUGUUUUAGGAGAGUCUAAUUUUCUAAGGCUUAUAUACAAUAAUAGUGAAUCUGCAGGUGCUUGUAAUGUUUAAAAAAAGACAUUCAAAUCAUAUUUAAGGUUUUAUUAGGAGCAGAGUUUACAUGCAAAACCUAAUAACGCUGUCCUUUAUUUUAUUGCAGUGGUGACUCCGCUGAGGAAUAAGCUCAACGCUAACAUGCACUUGUGGUAAGUUUCUCUCCACGAGAUUUUACAUAUCAGUGUUUCCUGCAGCUUUACAAUUGAGUCUUUCAUCAGCAUAUGAUCAUUAUUUUCUUUUACAAUUACACUAAGUUUAAUUUUCUGUUUUGUUUCAUACUAGAUCAGUUUCAUGAAAAAUCUGUACUUCUGUCAACAAACCCAAUGACAAGACCAAAACCAACAACUGCACUUUGACACAGGAAUCUACAGACAGUGCUGUAAAAAAACCUGCUGUUAUACGAGCUUUGAUUUAUUUUGGCACUUAAAGCUUCUGUGAGGACUUCUUGGCUGUAAGAAGAAACAGACUGAAAAUCAUGCUGAUGCCUCUUAAUAACCUAAAGGGGAAAAAGAGGCCAUCAGCUUCGUUCACUGUGAGUUGAAAUGUCUGUAAACACCGUAGCAGGGUAGGAUUUACAGGAUGACAUUUUAGAGAGAAAUCAUUCCUUAAAGGAAAAAAAAGGUACCGCUUUGUCUGCUGGCAGCACAAAAAUCAACCAAAUCAAAAGUUCCUCACAGGAGCUUUAAUCGGCGUUGGUAUGUUACUCUCCCCACGGGUGAUUGUAAAAAGCCUCCAGAAAUGAAAAAUGAAAUCGAUAAGUAUGGCGUGUAAUGAAACAGCUUUGUGCCAGCAACGCAAUUGAGUUUGAGACAGUGAAAAUACAUAUGGUAUGUUGUAUCUGAACAGGUUAGCUUACCUGCUAAAGUUACUUAGCUCAGAUGAAAGUUGAAACAAAGACGUUUAGCAAAGUGUUAAAGCACACAAACCAUCGUCAUAUGAGAGACCCGUAAAACACGUAAACAAUCAGCUGGUCGGUGAAUCUGAUGUCGCAACAACACAAAAUCUAAUUGGUCAGAAGUGGACACACAGUAUGCGAAACUUUAGAAAAUUUGAUUGUGAUACAAAAAUUAAAUGCCACUGUGAACACUUGUAUUGACAGGAUACAAGUUUCAAGUUUUAAGUUUUAUUUGUCACAUGCCUAAAUGUACAGGUACAGUGGCAGUGAAAUGAAAGUGACGUCUGCGAUUGUGCCAAAGAAAAAAAGAAUAUGAAUAGAACACAAGUAUGUAAAAAUAAAUAAAUAAAUAAAUAAUAAUAAUAAUAAUAAUAAUGGGAAAAUCAAUAUAAAUAUCAAUCAUAUAUAGAAAGAGAUAAAAUAAAAAUAGAAAUGAGAUAAAUAUCCACUCCUACAUACAUCCUAUGUACAAUAACCUUAAGAUAAAAAUCAAAAUAAAAUUAAAAUAAUUAAAAAUAUUGACUCCUACUAGUUUGAAAAAAAAUAUUGACGUCCGAAAUAAUCGCACGAAAAAAACGCUCCCUUCAGUCAUGAUUCUGUGAAACUCUGUUUUCAUUUAGGUUGAGUUUUGAGUCCUGUUUCGCUUUGUGAGUUUUAUGAUCUAUUUUUAAAGAUAUUUCCCCUGGUGCUGAAAAUCUCAGUGGGAAGAAGAAACACUGACAGUAUUCACUUUUCUUGGCUUAGAAUUGAUCUUCAACUUCACCUGCUUGCGUAUCAUAAAAAUGUAAAUGCCUUCAAAUUGUCCUGAAAAGUGAAUAAGUCACAUUUUAAAAACUCGGAGCCAAAUGUCACUAAACUGUGGUAAUGUUUGCUGAAAGACUGCAGGUAUGUGAGUCUUCAGAGAUCAUGGCUCAUGUUUUAGGAGGAGCUGGUCGUUGUUUACCGUGAGUUGGCUCAGAUCAGUUGAAUUCAGUGAUGGGUACAUGUUCAGUGAUCAUCAGCAUGGCAUGUUAAUCUCACAGACAGGUUUUUUGUCAGGUUGUGUUGCCUUGUGGAAAAAAGGUACCAUGGUUUAAGGUGAUAGUAGAGGCUUGAUUCCUCAAAAACCUCUGAGUUUUGUGAACGUUGAAUUCAGAGAGCUAACACAUGCGCAUAUCAUUAAAUCCUCAAGCAUGACUGUUCUUACCUGUGCAGACACUCCAGGGGUUUUUUGUUCUUUCCUCCCACCUUGUAUCCAAAAGACUCUCUAUCCUCAUCAGGAACACUACACCCUGUCUUAUGUUCAGUCUAUUAGGGCUGUCAGUCUUCCUCUUCAUUCCCAAUUUCAUUCCUUAAUAUCACUUAAAAAUGUUGAAUUAUAUUCUAAUAUUCAAUGUCAUUUCUGAUUGAAAAAUUAACUGUUAUAACUGCGCACCAUGUACGCAGGCUUAUGCAUUAUCAAUGCCACAAUUGAGUGGUUGUUACAAGUUGCGUCCACUAGAGGGCAUACCAACAUUCAGCAACUAAUAAACAUUUGAAAUAAAUAAAGUUAUUACCAAAUGAGUAACUUUUCAAACUCUAUCUUCAAUGAGAAUCUACAAAUAUUAAUACAGGACUGAUUUUUCCUGACAGCCUUUUUCAGUGAACUCUGAACUCUGCAUUUAAGUUGUUCACAUCCCAUGGCUACAUAUUUAAGGGGAGGGUUUAAACAAGUGUUUAACCAGUCGGUCAAUAACACAAAGUUAUCAAAGUUAUAACACAGGGUCAUCAGGGUUUUCUCUAGAGUCUAUUGGGGAGCAUUUCUUAUCCAUGAUGUUCCAAGCUGUGAAGAAAACUCCAAUCUUUCCCUUUUCUACCACAACAGUGGGUUGUUGUCAGAAAGUCGAGGGCUCUCCAUUUUGUGCGUGUCUCCUAAAAUUAACAGCUUUGUUGACAAACGCAGGCACCUUGAAUGUCCAUCACCAGAUUAACAGAGCAGAAAGGAGAGAUUAGCCAUCGCUCUAUAACUCUGAACGUGGACAUGUCGGGUUUUUUGGUCUUACUUUUGUACAGUGGAGACACAUUGUCCAUCUAGAUGCACAGUAAUUUACAGAAGGCUGACCUUUAGUGAUGUGAAAACUGGUCUCAGGUCAGUUAGACUUUGUUGGCACUACAUUGUUUACAUGCCAUCCCUGAUUUCUAUUAUUUUCAGUGAAAAACAAUUUGAUUUACUGGAUGAUUCACCCUCCAUCACUUAAUGACAGCUAAAGUCAGAGACCAGCGGGGUGACAAAGUAGAGCAUGUUCUUCUCUCGUAUGAACACAGUCGGUUUUGGUCUUUUCUUUGAGGUUUGUUGACUUGAAGCACAUCCUUGAGUUUUUUUUUUUCUUUCUUUGCACCCCUAUAUGAGUCCGUAAUAUCAGUGUCUGAUGAGUCAAACUAUGCAUGCCAGUUUCUUGAUUAUCACUCAGGAGGAAAAAAUUACACUUUUUAAAUAAAGUGCAGGUUUUACAUUUCACCGCAGGUUUUAACAUUUGCCUCCCUGCAUGACACGUCUGAGAAAAAUCUCCCUCCACCCCCGCCUCUGUUCAGUUUGAAGCAGGAAAGAUAAAUGCUCUGGCUUUUUUAAAUCUUUUUUUUAUACUAAUGGUGAAAGUCUCCUAAUCAUCCCCCAGUGUCUUUGCAGGCUCAUUUGCAUGUGGUUAAUUAGUGUGUGAAGGAGCUGUCUGUGGUCUGCUGGCAGGAACCCGGACUCCAGCGUCUUGCACAACCUCCGGGAUGUUUUGGAGAUCGAAUUCCCGUCACCUGCCACCCACGAAAAAUCUGUAUGUCACACAGUUGCCCCCUUUCCAUUUCAAACAUGUCCGUUCCCAUCACGGUUACCUCGAGGAGCUGUGUGUGUGUUUACAUCUAUGCAUGCAUGCUCCUGUCGCUGUGUGUUUGAGCUUCAAGUUAUAAGGGGGCGGACAUACGCUACUGCCUAUUUUUCUGUCUAUUUCCAUAUUUCUCUCUCCCUCUCUCUCUCUCUCUGUGUGUUUUGUUUUUUCCAUGAGGUGGGCACAAAUUCUUCUUCUUCUUUAAUUGGGUUGUUUACAGAAAAGAUCAUUAGAAUAACAAAGAUGGCAGAAUUCUCUGCUCUAUCAGAUCGCUUUAAUCACGCAAAACCAUUUAUCUCUCUUUUUUCAAACACUCGUUCUUUUCCCCUCCCCUCUCUGCAGAUGGGUUAAAAGGGCGUCGUGUUUAUCCGCUGUCGCUGUGGUGAUUAAUGCCUCAGCUUCAUUAACAUUCAGAGGAGUGUAAAAAAGUUGAGUUGACCAGAUGUUGAUUUUUUUUUCCUCUUUUUUUUUUUUUUUUUUUUUUACCUGCCACCUUCUCUCUUAGCCCCAGAAAACAGGAGCUUCUCAUUACACCGAAAUGCAAACGAGAGCAGAGAGGAGUGUGUGAUAAGCCUGUGAUGGUGGGACUGUAGAGAGAAGGAAAGCUCAGGAGUGAUGUUACAAGUGCAGCCCUGAAUUAAGACCGAUUAGCACCUAGUCAUGAUAGGAAAUGCUUGAAUCCUAAAGGGGAAUUCUGCUGUUUUUUAACCCAUGUUUUGUCAUCCUUCUUUUUCUUAUUUCUCAAAAUUUGGGGGUCUGUGUAACUCAGGGUGUGUGUCCACUAGCUGUGCCUUUUAUGAUGGUACCACUUACUUUCUAAACAAAACCACCGUGGUUUGAGCGUUGAGCCUCAUAAAUGCAAAAAAACACCAUUACCAUCAGCUCCCUUAGCAAAAAGUGGUAUACUUAGAGCUCUAGAGCUUUUUCUGGAAUUUUUUUGGCUGAGGUGCAAGUUUUCUGAAAAUUUCUGAAUUUGUGACUUUUGUUCACAUGUCUCUGUGUGUGCAGAGCUUCAGUGUCGAGUGUGGGAUCUGUUACUCUUAUCGUCUUGAAGCUGCUAUCCCUGAUCAGGUGUGUAAUGAUCCUCGCUGUGGCCAGCCUUUCCACCAGGUCUGCCUUUAUGAGGUAAGUAGUACACAGACAAACAGAAACAUAGGACCUUAAGGCAGCAUCUACUUUUAUUUUUACAACUGGUUGAUCUGAUUGUUUAUUUUCAUCACACAUUGUUAUUCAGCUGUCAGCAUGUAUUAAAACUGUCAACCACAAACGCAGAGAACCUGAGUUGAUUUAUGAAAAUUGCUUGUUUACAGAACAAAAACUCAGAAAAUCAUUAAUUAACCAUCAUAAAAGACCAGAAUGACAGGUACAUGUUUACACAUGUGACACUGGGAACUGUAUAGUUUUGACAUUUUGCUCAAAAGAUAAAAAUAAAAGAAGUUGAAAGUUGUGACAAAUUACUCUCAGUCAGUCAUUACAGUAACUUUCUUUCAGCUCAAAUCAACAAAUCAACAUGAACUGGAUGCACUGAUAUGAAGGAUGUAACUUAUUUAGUCCAUCUAAAAUAGAGUUAUGACAGAUCCUAAGCAGUUGUUAAAGUGAGAAAACUAAAUCCACUAUUACAGUUUUGAGGUGUCGAACUAAAUUAAAAAAAAAAAAAAACUUUUGAGAACUUUAUUUUAAACAUCCCUUGAUUUGGUUAUCUUCUGUUGUGGAGUGUGGUCUUUAUUUAAAAUCCCAGCACACAGACUGAAAUGAAAGUUUGCUUUAUUUUACCCUGUAGAGGUAGAGUUUCCAGUGAACACUGACGUUGGAGUCAUCCAGUAGUAACAGUUAUGAUUGGACAGCCCCUUAAGAAAAAUCAUUACAAUUCUGAGGGGUAAUAAAAUACUCAGUCUCCAUCUGUGCAAAUGCAAACUACAGUAGGGAUAUUAUUAGUAACAUUAGUUUGAAAGUCAUUUUAACCGAAGUGUCUUGAAAGUAGAAGACACCUUUGACAUGCCAAGGACACUCAUGCUGCUUAAACAUAUAGUACAAAAUAACAUCUUUAAAAUAACCUGCAGACAACAGUAUUUAUCUAUUUUUAGACUGAAGGGCUAAGAUGUGACCUUUCACAGAAAUGUUUAAAAAAGAAACUUUGAAACAGAAUAAAAAAAUUUAAAAAGCAUUAAAAAACUUUUUUUUUUAUUUUUAUUUUUUUUUUAAACCAGGCAAAAUCUACUCAACCACCUAAUAAAAGUCUCAGGGCUUCUUUAGCACAGUCAUGUUAGUGUUCAAAUCUCAGCCCUCUUUACACCUCACUAAAGUACAGUACGCAAUACAAGGUCAUCAGGCUGAUUUGAGGCCAGAUACCAGAUUUUUUAACCAAAGUCAUCAAAGACUUGGUCUCUGACACUGCCAAAUUUUGCUUUGGUGUGGGUCAUGUUGAGAGUGAUUUUUACUCCACUCAAUCUGCUUCAAAGACUUCGAGGCCGCACCAAUUUGAAAUCCUAAAUUGAAAUCAUGUUCGAUGUUUGCUAUUAGAAAUCCUGCAGUGUGGGAGGAACACUGUGGACAGGCAAGCAUGCACUCUGUGGAUUAUCACAUGAAACAAAUGAUAAUCACUGAGGAAGCAAGCUGACAAAGACAAAAGCACAUCAAAUGUUGCCAUGGAGACGUCAACGGAUGUCGGGCACAAAGUUAGGCUGAUGUUAGAGAUGGCGGACUAACAUGAUGUUUUGUGGCAACGACACAAGUCCUCUGAAUGAUGUCACAGUCGAAAGCUAAACAUGUCCCUGACAGCAAAGCAGCUAGUAACAUCUAGCUAUAAUGUUUGUUUUCCCCAAAGUUGAUUAAAGAACACAAAAAAUUGAAAUUUUAAGAUUUGAGGGAUCAGGACUUCGUUUUGUUUUGUUUUUGACUGGUGGAAUCUGUUGUAUUUGCUUAAUCAUCACACUCCACACACUUCAGAAAUAAAACUUUGAGUGUAAGUAAUAGUCAGGGUUUGUUUGGUUGGUGUGCUGCUGUUUUAUGUUGCACAGGAAGCAGCAUAACUUCUUUAUGGACUCCGUAUUGAGUAAAAACUACACAUACUGAGAUCUCCUUGAACAAGUGGCAGGAGCAGACUCUAAAGUUCCACAUAAAAGCCCUGAAAAAUGCUUUAAAGUACCAGAUAGUCUUGUACAUUCUUUUAAAGCAUUCAGUAAUAAGUGAGCAUUGAAAUCAGCAUUAUCACUUGACACUGACACAUCAGAUCCAAGGUAAUGAUUUGACAAAGCGGUCUUUUUCUUCCCUCAGUGGCUGCGAGCGCUGCCCUCCAGCAGGCAGAGCUUCAACAUUGUUUUUGGAGAGUGUCCUUACUGCAGCAAGGUAUGUGUUAGUCUGAAUGUUCGAAAUCUGAAGAGUCAAAAGAUGUUCACAUAUCUUAAUUAGCGCGGCUCUAUACAUCACACAGCCUUCCCUCUGAUGAAAGGCUGCAGAGUGUGCUCACCACAAUGUGCCGCAUUCAUCGCAGGGAAAAGUUUGUGUUGGUGUAUUUCUUUCAAUACUGCAUCCCAUUGAGCUAAUUCAAAGUCAUUCAUUCGCAGUCUAGUUGGAAUUAAGAGCUCCAUACGGUGUCGUUGGCAUCAAGGUUGGGGUUCAUUUCCAGCCUGCAGCCCCCAUCACUCCCCACUUUCACUCAGUUUUAAGCUUUACCCGCUUUUCCUCUCGAAUUGAAAUAACUUUAAAAAAAAAAAGAGCCCACUUCAUUUUUUCACACAGUCACCCUCAAUACCAGAUUCUGAUUAUUUAAAGGAAUGUUCGGGUAUUUAUGAACCUGGGUUGAAGUGUUUUAUUGAGAUAUUUUUGGUUCUUAAUUUCUGAUUGGUAAGAGAAAAAUAGAGAAUUUGUCCCCCUAAGCUCAAAGAAGUCUGACAGCAAUAAUUGGAGUGAACCUUUUUAAGGAACAACCUGCCAAACUUGACUCUGAUUCACAGACACACAGUGAGAAAGUGCGUCAAUGCUAGCCCGCCUCACCCUGGUGACAAACUCUUUCAGCAGUUUUUUCAGACAGACGUACUAUGAAAUGCGCCAUAGCUCUACAUAAGUUACUUACAAAAUACAUAUAUGCACAAGUCAGUAGUUUUCAUUGUUGUUCACUGUUAGUUUCCUUCUAUAAAGACAGCGAGUCCUCUUCAACGCCUCUGUGUGAUGUGAAAUGUCAAAAAAAAAACUGGUUGGUCACAGGCCACAACAUUUCAUAGUAAAGAAGAAGAUGAAGCCUUCAGGUGCAGCUAAAAAAUUGAAAUAUUAUGGGAAAAGUUCAAUAUAUUUCAUCAGUUAAAAAACACAUUAAAACUUUGAUUUAUUCUGGACUCAUCACAUAUAAACUCAAAAGUGUUUUUGGAUUUCAAUUUUGAUAAUUAUGGCUCAGAGCUUAAAAAAAAAAAUUACACCUUACAAAAUAAAAAUGUUUCAUUUGAGUUCAUCACUAUUCAAACUAAAUAAACACCACGUAUUUCUAAGACUUUAGAACUUCUGACAACCGCUCUCAAAGCAAACUACAGCAGAGCGACAGGCUGAUCAGCCACACACCGCUGAAGCGGUAAUUUGUUGUGAAGAAGCUGCAAUCAACUAUUGAGAGUACAAAUUAACCCAAUUUUUCAGAAACUAACAUUUAUGUAUUCUGAAUCCUUUUUUUUAUUGACUUUAGAAGGAAAACAGAAUCUUUCAUGACGAGUGAUUUCUGGUUUUAUGGGCUAUGAGCCAAAAUCAUCAAAAUUAUAAAAAAAAAAGACAGCUUGAAAUAUUUCAAUUUAAUUCACUGAAUAAAAAAUAUAAGUGUUUAUCUCUGUGAAAUUACUUAUAAAAAUAAAAGAAGUUUCCCAUAAUAUUCCAACUUUUUUUGCACUUUUCCAACUCUAGUUACAGGAGUUAGGAUCAUGUGAUCCUCGUCAGGAUCUCAAGAAAACAACAACCUGAUCAGUUUCAUUUUAUUCAAACAGACUAAAAGUGGGAUAUAUGUUUUUUUUUCUUUUUUAGCCCAUCACCGUCAAAAUGUCAGCCCAGAAGUCCUGAGACGCCACUUCGCCUCCACCUGUCAGAUUCUUCUCUAAAAGUGACUGAAUGCACUCAGGCAAACUCCAAGAAGAGCGCCCAGAAUGAGGACAAAGCCCACAUUUACAAACCAUGUCAGCAGCCCCCUCCUCUGUGAGGGACCUGCUUCCUGUUUCGGACUCUUGAGUACAGACUCUUUACGUUCACCACAACAGUCCCUGUAGCCGCUGUUUGACCACUGUUGAUACAUGCCACCUUCUCCGUGGUACACCAGCCUCUCAUUUGACGUUUCCCAGGGGUCUGUGCGUGUUUCCUCCGUGUCAAAGUUAGCUGCAAGGUGAUUUCUCCUCUGUGGGUGAACUUGUCCUUCCAGUGGCCUUCCGGUUAUGGUUAAGUCUUCUGCUACCCAGUACCUCCGUUCCAAUUCAUGUCUCUGUUAAAAAGGGUAGUUUAUGUGUUUGCUUUUUAGUAAGUAUCACUAACAAAAACAUUCUUCUAACCAAAAUGUGAAUAUGUGUCAAAAAGUAAAUAUAAAUAAAAUUGUGUGAACGCGUGAACUAAUACAUUCGUGUUUUUCAAAGCUUAAAAAGUCGAGUCACAUCAAAAGCCUUCUGGUUUUUCCACGUCUCUAUCAAAGCAGAAUAACUAAAAUAUACUCCAAUUGUUCUUUUCAAAAAUUUCAAACAAUUUCAACCCAAGAAAAAAAGAGUAAAAGCAGCUUUAUGCAGCUCUGGUAUCUUCACACCUGUUUCGUCUGAUUUCUGGGGCCGAUCGGAGGCCCUCUCAGGUAGCAUGCAGGAAUGGGUGUGGGUCUGGCCCUCUCCUCCUCUUCAUCAUCUUCAUCAUCUCCUUCACUUUCACUGUCAUCUUCAUAUCUCGUUGGAGGAACUCUCUUCGGCCUCAGUGAUCUGCCAGCAGCAGAUGAAGCUCCAUCUUCCCUCUGUGAACAAAAACAACAGCUUGUAAUUCUUUCAUACAUGUUCGGCGGCGUAACAUUAUAAGCAUAUGCAAGAUGACGCCACUGUUCCCCACACCUAACACUCAAUAUUUUUGUAUCUGUAUUCAAUAGCUCUCCAAAAUGGAUCAAACUAGUGGAUGAUCGCCUCUUACUCUCUUUCCUUUGACUCUGUUGAAAGUCACACGUGAAACUUGCUUUGCAGGUAAAUCAGAGAGCAGCAUCCUCCAGUGCAUCACUCCUGUUGUCUGACUUUCUGCAUUUCCAGCCGCCAUUGUUUCAGCAGUGUUGUGCAGCUGUUCACUGUGCUCAGUCAGAGUUUGAAGUUGUUGAAACAGGCUACUUCAUUAACUAGUCUACACACAGAAAUCACAUACUGUGCGAGCAGGAACAUAAAAAAAUCAUGUUUAAAGGUGAGUUAGUGUUACUUUGAUGGUUUUGUAUGUUGUAUUUUAAAACAGCUGAUGAAGAAGGAAGUGAAAAGAUGAAACGAAAGGAGGUGAGGUGGACAAGAGGCUAUGUGCAUUGAGAGGACUGAGUGUGUGUGAGAAUCUAUUUUUGUAACCUUACAUUUAAGAAGUAAUAUUUAACAUAGAGGACCCCAGACCUCCUGCCCCCAUAGAUUCAAAGUCAUCGGGUUGAAUCGCUUCACCAAAAACGAUCAGAUGUGGAAACUCAAUCAGCACCCUGGUAUCGGGUCACAGAAAUUGUGUGCAAACAACAAAUUAAAAACACAAAACACAAUUCUUAUUCACCAUUCAACACACUGUUUUUUUUUUUUUGUUUGUUUUUUAAAGUAAAGCCUGGCCUAAUUUUUGAUUGUGAAACAGGUGAGCAGCUGACGUGUUUUGUGUUGAGUAGAUAUUAUAGUUGAAUGGAUGAACCAUUUAAAACAAUCUAAACAAUGAAACUGAUUCUUUCAGUGCAGCUUCAUUUCAUCGUUUAAAUGCAACAUUAAAAUAUCUUUUUUUUUUCUUAAUUAUAUCAUCUUUUUGAACAAUUAAAUAGCGCCAAUUAAAUUUUCUAAAAGUGGAUUUAUCAACUGAGUUCUUUGCCUCAGAGAAAUCAAAGCUUUGUUGCAGCCUUUGCUACAAAAGACACGCACAAACAAAGGGCUAAUCCGAACCUAAUCAUACUUGAUUAGCACAAGGUCAUUAGCAGUGCUGCAAGCAGGUGGCUAUCUCCGUAUCAAAGAACAUGCGCAGCCUGCUAACAAACACAAACAGCGACUUACUCCUGCCAAUACAAAAGGGACUGAGUGUAGAAAUGGGAAUGUUCAGUCAGGCCUGUUAGUGAAAUGAUGGUGGCCUUUAGAGGACAAAAAGCUCCUGUGAUGCAUAAAUGGUAUGACCCUCUUUACCAUAAAAACUGUAUACAUACAAUCAAUUUGGGUGCAAAAAACACUUGGUUUUUUCUUGGUCUUUGCAGUUGUGAAUUUGCACAGGGACUGGCUCUCAUGCAGGUGUAAAAGGCUCCUUCUUAAAUAAAAACAAAAUGAUAUUUAUAUUCAGGUGAUUUUACACUGAUUUAAACAUACAGAUACUCCAUUUCUACAGAGUCGGCUUUGUUUAAUGCCGCAAAAUACUACACACUGUACCUUUAAUAUAACAGGAUGUGUCAAAAAAACACAUAUAAAUGCAUAUGUCCAACAAGCAGAUUUGUACUCUGAUUCAAAAUGCGUUCCAGGUCACCUCUUUGAGUUGUAGAUAAAUUACUUGAAUAUUUCACUGAGGUAGUAUCAAAGAAAAACCCAGCCACUCUUGAGAAUGCCAUCUUGUUUCCAGAAUUCUGUGCUGAGAGAGCUCCCAACACCACACACCAACAAGUCCCAGGAAACAACCAGAGCCUCAGCUAAUUCAUUUUAAGUGGCUUUAACACUUGAAGAAACACCUGAGAAGGCUGUUACCUGUGGAGCUUGAGGUUUUGAGGGUGGAGGUCCUCUUAGAUAGCGGGCAGGCACUGGUUUAGACUUUCUCUUCUCCUCUUCUUUGUCCUCGUCUUCCUCUGUGGCUGCAGUCUUGGCUUUAGAGGGUCUUCUGGCUCGUCCUGCUUUCUGUUUGAACAGUGACAAAUAUUAUGGUCUGGAGAUUUCUAUGUCCAUGCAAGUGCUCAAGCUUAGUUUUCGUCUUCAUUUAAAAGGAAAAAUGGCCAGUUUCUCUUAAAAAAAAACUUGCCGCAACACAACUUUAAUUGUCCCUCAUACAAUCACUUAUUUAAACAACUGUUGUGGCUCUGGGAACGUGCCUGUUGAAUGGCCUUUACUCCCCUCGCUAAACCGCCAGUAAAUGGCCACUUCUGUUUAACUAGGGAUCAAACUGGCCAGCACUUUAGCAUGGAAAUGAAAUGACACAAGGAGAGGAGAGGAAAUCAGGAACAUAAUUGGAGACGCCCUGCACUGUGGAAAGUGUGUGUCAUCAACUUCUUCAAAUUGGGCCAUUGAGAGGGCGCUCGCUGGGCCCGAGGGGUCAAGAAGUGAUUGUGGCAAAAUUGAGGAGAAUCACAGUCCUCUUCCAGCUUAAGACCUGCCCACCCCCCGUUAACACACUCAUUGUGGGGUGCUGGUGGGGGGGUAGGGGCGGAUUAACCCUCCCCUUCACCGUUGUCACGUUUCUCCACUCUGAGGUCAAGAGACUCAACAGAGGAAACGGCAAUCAUUUUGACCAGCGCUCAAGUUGUUGAAUGCUCAUUGAAUUAAGAAGAAAACCAUGUUGAAAAAUUCCCCUCUGGCUCUUUCUGUUUAUAUCCAACAUUUAGUGGUUAGGCCUGUAGCCUCAUGUGGAGCAGGUCGUGUCUGGAAAGCAGUCAAAGACACAGAAGAAGAAUCAUCUUGUACAUUCAUGUUUGAGUCAAAUGUCAACAGAUGGAAAUGGAUGAAGAUAUUUUAUUCUUGCGGUCGGAGAUUUACACAUCAGACAUUAGUUUGAAGGCAGCUGAGUCUCACUUUAACUCAUGACUUUGUAAUACUCUCAUCAGUCAAUCCAGACCAGGUAACCCAGGAAGAUCUUUUUAUUUUAUUUUAUAUAUAUAUAUUUUGUUGCAUGUAUCAAUACUGUUUGACUUUAAUUUGCACUGCAGCAGGGAUAAAAAUUCUCAUAUUACUGCAACACUUUGUGGGGCCAUCUGUGUGGCAUAGCAUGAGAUGCACAGAUAAUCCCCUGCCAUGUUUUUUUCCAGGUUUCCCUAACAGCUCAUUUCAAGACAUGGCCAGAAUCAGAUGUAAAAGGAGUUUUGGGGCCAAAGCCCCUCUGACAAGUGUCCCACAUUGACAUAAUAAAUAGACAGAGAUGGGAAUCAAAAACCAUUUCCAGAUCAGAAGCAGCAAUUAGUGUGACUUCGUAGUUAGCUGACUCUGCUAAUGAAAGGCUGCCAUUUUUUACAUUCUGUCAACCAAUCAGAGGCUGUAUCUACAAUCAGCUGAUCUUCAAGGGCCCAAACGUAAGCCCAGCUUCCCCUCUCAGCAGAGUGGAGGUAAGCUCAUAAUGAAAACCUACACAGGCCACCGAUUUCUCAUAGAUAAUCCACAGAAAUUAAUGGGGAGUUGAUAAAGAACUGGAGUGAUAAGCAGAAUCAAUAACAGCAUCGUAUUAAUAAACCUUAUCAGUUUUGAUCCCUUAUGAAAGGUGAAAAUGAUUUUAAAAGGUCUUUAUUUAUGUCAGCUGUUGAAGAAGUCUGUGAUUAAACCUCGCUGUGUAUCCAUCUUGGUGAUGUGGUAAAACCAGGCGGUGUGACAGUGUCAUUGUCAACACAUCUAAGAGAGUGAAUACUGACUGAUUUUUUUGAGCAAGUGUAAACUGUAAAUGCAAAUAUGGAGAAUGUCAAAAUAGGCUGGAUUUAGGAAAAUACAUGACACAAUCGAAGUGUCCCAUGGCUUCUCAGGAGAGAAGCCAGGGUUGAUUCAAAGUUGUCAUGUUCUUACCUUUUCUUUCAUGGGGGGAUCUUGUUGAUUGGAGGUGGACUCUCCUGCUGUUCCUUUAGGCAUAGAGAAGUCUAGUUUUCCUUUAACAACACCGCCCAACAGUUUUCUGAGAUUCUGGUAGUCUGGCUUUUGUUGGUAGUCCAGAGUCUUAACACAACAGAGGAAUGCAGCCACCUCAUCUAAAGAGAGAAACACAGAGGACAUCCAACAGGUCACAAUGUUCAAAUCAUGAAUCUGUAACAAUAAUUCAUCAACCGCAUGAAACACAGUCAUCUGCUGCUUGAGUGUUUAUCAGACACUGCAUUUAUUGUACCACCUCAGACGAGCACAGAGCUCAGUUACUCUGCAGCACCCUCAGUUUCAACAUUUCUAGCAGACCUGAGUCAUGCAGCAGCAAAAGCCGGCUGAACCUGAAGGUCUCACAGUCCAGAUAAUACACCGCUCGGCAAUGUAUCUCCCAAAGAGGGCAGAUUAGGCACAGCUGAGGAUAUGCAUUUUGUGUGUGUGUUGAAGUGUCAUACACAGUCAGCCGCUAUGCAUCACACACUGGCCAGACGACGCAUAUGACACAUACUGCGCUGAAACUUGUAUCUCUCUCACACACACUCAGUUGUGAUGCAUUCUCCGGCUCUUAUCUGAGGCAGGCAGCCGGUUCUUGUCAGCGGAGGAGCACCCGCUCCCAACUAUACAUCACACACUAAGCCCUCACACAGGAGUGACCUCUCCAUAAAGAGGAGAGAUAAAACACGACAAAGUUUGAAAGGCAUGUCGACGGGACAGCUGUUUAACUCCUACAAAGUUAUUCAAGAGCUUCAGGUGACCGAGGGAGAGAUGCAGCGUCAAACAGCAGGUGAAGAGCUUUGGUUCUGUCAACUUUUAACAAAGGACAUCAACUGGGAUUUCAUUUAUGCUGAGGGUUUUGGUUGUUGGAGGUGUGGCUGGUCUGGUCGACAGGUGGGUACAUCGUAGGUGUUUGCUUGAUGGCAUGGCCUCAACUUCACUUCUCUACUGGCUUCUAAAUUAGAUUUCGUUAGCUAGGUGCAGCUAAGAAUGGCGACUGUAUUUAACCAGAAACCAAUGGGUGACAUCCCUCUGGCAACACCUGUCCCCACUAGAGCUGAUUUUAAUGCUGCGUUCCAGUUGUACUCUGAAGUCGGGAUUUCCGAGCUCCGAGUCGGAAACUCAUCUGGAACCGACUCCGACUCCGAAAGUUGGGCGGUCCUCGCCAACCCUGACUUGACAACGUCAUAAUUCAAGAUGGCAGCGCAGUGCAUCAACAGUAAAGAGUAACAGUGAAAGCUCUUGUAAUGGAUUGUUUAUUAGCCCUUCUGUUUUGUUUUUGUGAAAUCAAAUAAGUGGUAUAUGUCGUGCUGCCCAAUGUCUAACUGUGAACACAGUGUUAUGGUGUUUGUAAGAGUAAAAUACUGCGUUAUGCAUUGUUUACAACUGGUAUCGCUAACAACAACUAACACUAGCUAACAACCGCUAACUGUAGGCGUCCAUCUUGGUUUUCCGACUUGUUAACUGGAACACUGUCAACUCAGGUGUAACGUCAUUCCCAGCUCUGAAUUCCGAGGUAACUGGAAUGCGGCAUCAAUAUUUUGUGCAUGUGACGAUGCAGGAAUGGUCGAAAAGACUCAAAUAAGCAUGCCAGACCAGUAGGUAAAGAUAAUGUGUAAUCAGUCCGUCAAACACAAGCAGCACCUCUAGUCUUAAGAAAUGAAUCCAGUGCGGUAGUGCUAAAAACUGCAGCUUUCUUACUGCCUGCUUGAGACUAGCUGCAGGCCACUUAGCCAAAACAGACUGUUUUUAAGAGCAAAAAUAAACCUAUUUACAACCUGGUCCAAAAACUGUUAUAGCUCUGUUAUAGGAACCAUGAAUAGCUCAGGGUUCCACUGGUCACACUAUUUGUAAAGUGGAUGUUUUUUUUUUGUGCUUUGUUUUUGAAGAUAUCAAAGUUGCGAGACUGGCGAUUCAGACUUCACUGACAAGUGGGCACACUGCAGCUAUUUACAAGGAGACUAAAGAUCCGUCUCUAGCUGGUCAGUCAAAAGUUCGGCUGAGUAAGCAUGACCAAUAUGGAGGUCACUAAUAGGCUCCAGAACUCUGCUUCACAAACAAAUGGGGGAUGUCAGUGAUCAGUCCGUUUAUUAUACAGUCUGUGCUCAAACAUCACAGAGGAACAUCGUGAGCAUGCCUAUGGAGGGUAGUCUUGAGUGAGCACCAGUUGUAAACAGCGCUGUGAGCAUGACUCAGCAUGACUUUAAAAGAAAGUAAGUUCUCAGAGCUGUCUGCAUAUGUGAGGAUGAAAAGAAAUGUUGAAUACAUGCCCAUAAUUUGCACAGUCAGGUGUAACCUCUUGUCGAGCCUUUCUGCAGCCUCUGGGGCAAUAAAACAAGGUUUUUGUUACUCUGUUUCUUCCAAUAAGAUAACUAUCUUCUAAAAUCCUGCUUAGCCACUCAAAUGGUUUAUGCUUGAGCUUAGAUUUUCAAUUUGUCCUUACACUGUACGCAUCCUCGUGAGAAACACUAGGAAGACAUUCCUGUUUUUUUUUUGUUUAUUUUGAGAGGGUUGUUUCUUACUGAGUGCAAGAAGGGCAGAACCGUGAAUGCAGGAAAUGUGUACUAGGAAGAAUACAGUUUGAGAACAAGCAAACCAAGUGGGGACUGAUUAUGUGCAAGAGCAGGAAUAAGAUUAAUUAUACCUUUUUUUAUGAUCCAAAGUCUUUUUAAUAAUAUUUUUUUCGAUGUGAACAGGGAUGCAAGUGUACAGCAGUUAUUACCCAUGUACCCUGUGCACAUCAGCCUGGUAUCUAAAUCAGUUUUGGCUGUGGCCAUUCCUCUGGCUCUCCAUUAAAAGAGCAGAAGAUUAGACACAGAGAUUCUUCCCUUCUCCACAGGCUUGUCUCAUUUCAAAUUUUUUUUUUAAGAUUAACCUGAGAAGUGUAAGAAGUGUAAAUGACAUCCUGUAACCCAAAGAAGCCCUGUGGUCCUUGGCUUACCUGUGCUGGCUCCGCUUACUGACAGCUGCUGGACUGAGACUGGCAGAUUAUCCAUCAGCCUGUAAGGGAGAGGAGAGGAGAUAAAGCAGUGAUCAAGAGAGGACAGGAUCAUUAUGAAAGACGGAGUUCAGGGGUUGCAAUAGGGUGAGAAAUGCAGAAGAAGAACAAGCUGGAACAAGAAUUUUUUUACUCCUACAGUGAGUGUGAAUAAAAUGAGUAAACAGCAUUUGGUAAAAGUCUGUACUUCAAUGUGAUCAGCUUAUAAAAGAUCUUUUCAGUCACGUCCCACUAAGCAUUUUUUUUUGGUCUGAAAGAGGUCUAAUAGACGUCUAAAUGUAGCAUAGAUGACUGGUCUAAAAUCAGGCUACCACAGGUCUAAAAAUGAACGUUUUUUUAGUCGUCUAAAUUUAGACCAAGUUUAGACUAAAUCUAAAUCUGGGCUAUACCUAUACUACACUGUACAUUGCUCAAAGGCUAUCAUAAUUAUUUUGAUUAAAUACUUAGCGAUCAGUUAUGCAACUCACAGUUGCCUUUUUAAAUAAAUAGUUAUCGAAUAAUGGAUUAAAGUGCAACAUCUAAAUUCCGUCUAAAAAUGUACAAAAAAUUUGCUCCAAAAAAAGAAAAACUAGACGUCUAAUAGCUGUCUAUUGCACAAUGAUAUGACAGAUUUACCUUUUGGCAUACUCUGCUUCAUCUAUUGACUUUGAACACGAUCACGAGUGGCUAUCACUGUUUUGUGACUGCAACAGAGUUACUCAGUAGGAAAAUGUGAUGUGAUCAAGUGUUGGAAAUGAAAAAACCUUGUUGACAUCGUAUCCUAUUUGACUCUUUAUCAGUGUCAUUGCUGCCCCAUGAGAGAGGUAGUACAGUGCUGAGAAACAAAACACAGAGCGACAAAGCAAAAAGUAACUAAGCACAGAGCAAUGUUGCACAAAGCGUAAAGAAGAAGCGCGGGUUACUGCAGUGAAGAGCAACAAAACUGAACAAUGUGAAACACAAAGCAAUGAGAAGCUGAGCAACAAAGCACAGAGCAACAUAGUGCGUAACAGCCAAGCAGAGAGCAAUGCAGAGCUGAGCAGAGAAAUGCAGAGCAACAAAGCAAAAUAGUAAUGAAGCGCAGAUCAAUGCAGCACUGAGUAACAAAAAACAGCUCUUAAAUACAGAGUGAUGAAAUGCAGCGCAAUGACGGACAGUGCAACAUAGCUCAGACCAACAAAGUGAAGAGCAACAGACAGCUGGGCAUUGUAUCCCAAAGCAACAAAGCGCAGCUGAUGGACGAAUGCUAUCCCAGAUAAGCAUUGAGGUUGUAGAAUAGAAAUCAUGUUAUGGAGGUCACUGUGAUGUUUAAACUAUGAAAGGUCCAGUUAUGAAGAUCCAAGAAGACUGAGACGGCAAGGAUAGAAGACGCUGAACCCCCACAAUCGAGGACCACUUUAACUCAAUGCAUUGUUUGUGCUCCAUUCUUGCAAGAAUCGAAUGCACUUUCAUUACAUGUCCCGAACUCUUGUGUCUGCCUCUUGUCAUUUAAGAAAGAUUUUUGAAUAGCAGCGCAAUAUGGCACAGAGCAACAAAGUACCCAGCAAUGAAAUACAGUGAAAAGCAAUGCACUACUCUGGCCCUGACUCCCCUGUUUCUAUUGUAUAGCUCUUGUUUCUAUUUUCUCUGUCUAGUUGCUUGUGUAGAGAUGGACAAGGAGCUGUUCCAUCACGAGGAUCAGAUGAGGAUUACUUGUAUUGUACCUCCUCGUUUCACAACAGAAACCUUGUUUAAGUGGCAGUUAGCUGGAGGGAGAUUGCUUAGGCGAUGGGCAAGUCCACUACUUCAAACUUUCUUACUUCUCUUUGGCUUUCUUACACAACAAAGCUGUUAGCUUGUUUCUGCAAAAUGGAGACAGUGGACUAAGGAGUUACCUAAACUUGUGUUUACACCGAAGGUCAUCCUGUUUAUAAAGUGCAAACAGGAGUAGCAGAUGUGUAUAUCUGACUGAGGCAGUAAAGACAACAAGUGGCACCAUGCAAAGUGAUGUAAUGUGAUAUCUGCUGUAAGCAUGUGAUUAACAUGAGACUAUGGGACACUCUCAGAGUGUGACUGUCUGAUCAUUGCGUUCAGUUCAGGUGAAAUCCUCGUACCUGGCUUUGGCGUCCUGGACCUGUGCUGGGUUCUUUAACACAUUAUCCCAUGGCAGCGAUCCACACAACCAGUGAAGAAGACAAAAACCUAAAAUCUGGAGGUCACCACGUCUGGAUGGAGCUACAAAAGACAGAGAGAUGAGAUGGUCAGAAACAAACGAACAACAGAAACAAGUCCUUGUUGUUUUUAUCAAUUUAUUUUUUGAUCAUCUGACUCCCUCACGUCGCACUUUGUGAGAGCCUUGAUCUUUUUUUGUCAAAAUAUUUGCUUUUUUUCUUCCUUGAGAGAGGUUUAAUAUUUGUCAAAGCAAAAGAAAAAGCACGAAAAGGCUUAUCUUUUUUUUUUAAGUAGGAAAUAUGUCAAAAAAAAUAAAUAAAUAAAAAUUGGAAAGGCUUAACAGAGACAUACUAGAAAGCUCUGUUAAUGGGACAGUCUUGUACAACCUACAGGAUACUGAUUCAUGGUAAAAGAUUUCAGCUUCCUAUAUGUCUGUCUUUUUCACAUUUGUCUUCACUGCACUGUAUUUUACCUGAACCAUAAUUAGUGAAAGGAAACAGAGAAAAAGAAGAAAAAAUCUUGUUUUUCUUCCCUGACACUGACAGGUUUAAAAAUACUUGAAGAAUCACACAUUUCACAAGUAAACAAUACUGCACGGCUGACCUUGUAUGAAUUAGAUAAACACUGACAGUGUUCUCCAGUGGUUGGAAACUAUUGAGUUUUAUGUGUACACUUGAAAGAUAAAGAAAACUACAGGUUUUUGUCUUUUAAAGGGUGCAGGUAAAAGUAGCUGUAAGAUUUUUUUUUUUAAAGGGGUGGUAUUGUGCUUUUUCACAUUUACAACAAAAACUAUAAUGACCAUACAUUGUUGGCUUUUAUUGGUCUGAAAAUCAUGUAAAGAUAUUAAAGAGGUAUCAGAGAGGAAGUAUAGAGUCUGAAAAAAACGCAUAAUACUCUCUCUUUAACAAGUACAGAUAAAGUAGUAUUUAUCAUGUUCACCGUAUGUAAGCAUGCCAAUAUCAACUAAAACUCUGAUUUUUCAACAAGAAUUUAAAAGUUUCCAAAUAACCAGCUCUGCUCAGCGCAAAAGACCCAAGUAAAACGAAGAGGUACUAGCAUAGUAUGUCCAAAUCUUCCAUCUAAGUAUCAGGCUUACUGACAUCAAGAAAAAUGUAGUGUUUGACAUAAGCACAUGGUUUUUCAACAAUGUAAAAGACAGGAAAUUACAGAUAAAAGAGGAAAACCUACAUUAAAGCUGGGACAUUGAGGUUUUAAAGGGUAACAUGCUAUUUCAAUUUAUUAAUUAAUUAGGAUAAGAUAAAGACUUUCGAAGGAUUGUGCAUUGGGACUGUUAUAUUUAAAUAAACCCAUUUCUCAAAGAAUAUCUACCAUUUUUUAAUUUUCACUGACUCAUCACCUGCCCGUUUCAAAUUCUUGACCCUGAUUGGUGAAAGCCCUGUAACUGCAGUUACCUCUAAAUAGCAAGAGUGGGAUCAGGAACAACUUUAACACAUUAAAUCAAAUUAAUCCAAGGAAAGGACUUCUGCACAUUUAAAAGUCUAUAAUUUUAUCUCUUCCUGUUGACAAUGUGGCAAAAAUGUAAGGUCAAAAGAGCAUCUGAUCUGACAUCUUUAAUAUUACUCUCAAUUCAUUUGGAGCAAACACUUUGUCUCUGUGUAUCUUAGCUGGAACAAGAAGAAACAAGAAGAGCAAGAAGAAACAGCUCCAAGACAAUCAAGGGAUUUCAAAACAGAAGGAGCUGAAUGAAACAGACGUCUGCUGAAUUGAAGAAAAUAGACACAAAGCAAACAUAAACCUCAACACGGUGUAAGAUGGAUUUUGGCAAAGUUACAGGACUGGUUAAGUGAGAAAAUGCACCAACAGAGGACAGGUCCUGCUGUUAUUUUCUGCAGUUUUGAGAAUGCUAUGUUGAUUUGACAGUUAAUGAAAUUGGUAUUGUAUUACUCUGGUUUACAGCUGUACAAAUGUGUAUGAAACACAAAGCUGUUACAAAUCAUAAAAAGAACGUUUCAGGAAUUGCAAGAAAACUUACAUGACAGUGUGGCUCACCACAUUUUCAGUUUUCUUCAAACACAAAUUCAGAGUGUGUUUGCAUCUCAUUGAGAGUGUGUUUGAUUGCAGGGUCUACAUUAAUGUGUGAGGUCUAUCAAUACAAGUCGACCGAGUCCAUCCAGAAGGGUCGAGCCCGGGGAGUUUUAGAAGCUCAAUACUGUAACAGUCACCACACGUCUCCGGAGAAAUUACCUAUCGACUGGCUCCAUCAGAGGGGAGAAAUCUCCUCCUUGAGCCACGGCAUGCAUUGAUCCUCCAGAGCCAACAGGCCGAUCUAAAGAGGAAGCAUGGCCGCAGCCACACAGGACAAGAUUACAUGGAAUGGAUGGGCUGUAAUCUGAUUACAAGUUGACAGAAUUUGAGUCAAUAAAAUAUCAGCAUCAAACCAGAAGAGAGAUCUCAAAACAUUAGGGUUUUGUCAAGGAGAUUACAAGAGGAAAAAGACGCAACUUAAUGUUGAGUGUGAACGAAAAACUUAGGGGUCAGCACGUGAAACUCUGAUGAUUAGGCCCAGAAGGGAGGAUAAACAAUCGAUGAGGAGUGUUUAAAGAGGCUGAUGAUACUAAACGAGGAGGGGGUGAAAGGAUCGAGACAGCUGCUGUACUUGCAUGUUUGAGCUAAAAAAAAAACAUAGAAGAUAUUUUGGGGUUUCAAGUAACUUUUUUGAAACUGAACAAACAGUUUUGAAAUGUUAAAUAUGUGUUCAUCACAUUGCUGUGUUAAAUACUUAACUUCUGAUUGGUCAUCACAAAGCAACAGUCAGCUAUUUCCUGACAGCAGACUGUUGCUAUGGAGAAAAUAUUUGCUGGAGAUGUGUUGCCAUCUGAUCACAGGCUCUGGUGCAAUAACUGUGGAUCAUAUCGAUCCACAAUACUAAGUCUGGUUGAUUGAUGUUGGUUUGUUUAUAUUGAGAAAACCAAGAAGAAGUCAAAAAGUACAAAAAUAUACAGCAGCGGUUGGCCUUGUAGUUUUGAGUAUUUGCCCUACAGAUACUACGGUCCUAUUUGCAGCUUAACUGGCAACUCAACUGCAAUACUUUGCCGAAUAAUUUCCCCCAUCGCUUGUUCUCCUGUCUCUCUUCAACAUAUCUAAUGAAGAUAAAAUACUCAAAAUUUAACUUCAAAGACCAAAAAAUUGCAAUUCAUCAGAGAAAUGUACAAAAUUGAAGAUGGUGCAUAAAAUGAAUGAAUAAAUAAAUGAAAUAGAAUCAAACAGGCUCCAAUAAACCUGGAAUAAAAUCACAUUGUUGAAUGUAGAUUCCCUCCAAAAAUGUUGUCUAUUGCUCAGCAGCUCUGAUAAUAAAUAAAAGGUGUAAGUUUGCCCUUGUGGGAGUUAAGUAUGUAGUCACUCAGCAUUACAGUGCAGUAUCCUAUUGUUGUAAAUAAUUACACAACUCUUCACUGCUACUGAGAGCCUGUUAAAGGAGAAUAAAGAUGAAAAAUACAUGCAAUACUGACGCUGGAAAAAAGUGCUGAAACUCCCAGAGCAGCAAAAUAGAUUAACAAUUAAAAAGAUCAACAACUACAUUAAGCUCUGCUGCCCUCUGCAUGUGCUCUGGGCACCUUAUCUGAGCUCAUGAUAGUGUUUGGUGUGUCUGCUCUUCUGUAUUUAAUGUGUUUCGCCCUCAUAUGAGAAGAGGCAAAAGACAAUGGAGCAGAGAGAUGUGCAAAUGCACACAUACACACGCUUCCUUGCACACACACACACCUAAAUAGCUCUCAAAGGGAGAUUUCUUGAAAACACACAUGUACAUACAAACACACACACAGCUCACAUGUUCUCUACAUGUUUUAGACAGAGAGGUUAGGCAGCAGUGCUGUUGUUGUUAAUUAUCUUCUAUUGUUAUUCAGAUUCCCUAAAGCAUGCUGCAGUGUCACACUCUUAACCCUUGUGCUUCACAGUCUUGUCGUUUGGAGACGGUGUUCUGUCUGCCGGACGCCCAACGAAUGGUGGUAAUUACACCGUUUAGCUCGGGUUCAAAGGCCUGCCAGGCGGCAGCUGCAUUCACCAAACCUCACCAUGGCAACCUGUCAACAUCUUUGCAUGGAUUGGUGCCAUAAGGUCAGUUAAGGGUCUUGUCCUCUGUCAUAAUCUCCAAGCGCAGCAUAAAAUACACUCAUCUUUUUUUUUUUUUUUUUUUUUUUGAGUAUGUUUAAAGCCUCAUGAGAUACAGAACAACUGUAUAAAUGCAACUAGAGUAUGGUGUGAAAAAUAGAUUUAGAGCAAUUAUUUAUGAAACAAGUUUUUACAAUUUUACUUAUAUUUAGUUUGUUUUUUUUUUUUAAUGAAAAGUGAAACUAAAACUUAUAUAAUUAGAAAAACCUAAUUUGGAAACACCUUGAUUAUUACAACCAUAUACUCAGAAGGCAUGGCCCAUUACACAAGCACGCACACAGCCAGUAUGACAACAGCAACAAUUAUAAAAAACAUGACAGUCAACAUUGAGCAGCCAGCCAAACUGCAACUGUCAGUUAUCAAAAGUGAAAGUAAGAGUCAUCUAGAGACAAAUCAAUGAAACGUUAUUGCGUUUCUACAUCAAACUCAUUAUAAAAACAUCUCACAGACAUUGAAAUAACAGUAUUUUGGGCUGGGUUACAUAUACGACCCCAAAAAGUUGCUAUGCCCUGUGAAAUGUUGACAAAGACAGAAUUUCUACCCAGUCCACUGUCUGAUACUCAAAAUAAAGGCGAAAAACCUUAUAUUAAAUCUUCAAAAACAUGACAAUUGUACCUUACAGCAGAAACGAAACAUGUGGUUUAGUGAUCCGGAAAUACCAGAUACUUCACUGGGCUGAGACAUCCUCUGCCUUAUAGAGGAAAGGGACCACCUGGCUUGCUCUGGGGGCACAGCUAAAAAGCAAGAAUCUGUAGUGCUAUGGGGUACUGAAGUGCCCAUGGUAUACAAAGCUUACAUAUUUCGGGGGGUGCCAUAAAUGCUAACAGACAAUAUACACACAUUUUAGAAAAACAUAUUCUUCUAUCUAGACAAUUCUGUCUUCAGGAAAGACUCUGACAAUGCCAAACCACAUUCUGCACAUAUUACAACAGUUAAAGCUCCCCAAAGAGUCAGAGUGUUAAACUGGCCUGCCUGCAGCCCUGACUUGUCACCCAUUGAGGACAUUUUCCUGCUGAAAGAAAUAAAAAUAAGACAAAAGAGGCCUGUAACUGUUGAACCGCUGAAAGCCAAUCUCAGGGGUGAAUGGGACAACAAUUCAUUUUGAAUACUCCUGAAACUGGCCUCCACAGGUCUCAAACAUUAAUCAGGAGGUGAUGCAACUCAACGGUAAACAUGCCAGUCUCAACUCUUUCAGAAAGUGUUCCUUUGACUAACCAAGCAUUUAUUUUUAUAGCAUUAAGAUUUUUAUAUUUCAACAUUUGGCAUGCUGUCUCUGCACUAUUUUGUGUUUUUUCAACAUCUUACAGUGUCCAUACUUCUUGUAAUUGGAGUUGUAUUUAUUCUACUUUAUUCAAAUUAUUAUGUGAGUAAGACAUAACCCUAGGCUUGUCAGUUUAAAAAAUACACUGUACAGAAGCUGGUGGUGCGCUCAGUCCGUGGAACAGAUGAUGCUCCCUCUGAGGUUUCUCAUAAUUCUGUGGUUGUUCUAAGAAAAGGCUUGUUCAUGUAGAAUAGCAAAAAGGUGUGUUCUCUCAGUCUCCCAUCCCCUUUCUCAAUCAUAUUAAAAUUGACUUUCAUCUCAUAGUUAUUGCUGACGGAGACGUUUUCUCCCUCUCUUUCACUUAUCGAUCGGGUUGAUAGAAACACUACCGUGGCGAUUAGGCAGGCUGAGCCAUGCUAACUCACAGUAUCGAACUGAAAGGGAGUGGAGUUGGCCUGUGCAGAGCUCAUAGAGGUUAUCUGUGGCUCGGGCCGCACUCUAACCAAACAUCAAAGCUCUUAAUUAAUGGGGGAUGAAUACACGAUGCAGGUUAUGACUUCAGCUAAUUGGGGAAUUGUUAAACAGAGACGGUACCGGAGGAUUCAGCGGGGGCAGUGGAUGGGGAAUCGAUGGUCAAUGAAGAGAGGGAGCAUGUAGGCAAUUUGCCAGUUAAUGUGUUCCCAAUAUCAGCCGAGGGAGUCAGAGGGUGGUGGGGCAGAGAGACUAUUUUACAUGUAUUGAUGAACUAAGACUGCAAACUAAAAGGACACAGCUUAUUGCGGGGUGAAGGUAGAUACCGUAAACAUGUGUUAUUUUUGUUACUGUGAACACCUGUCGUUCUUUCACAAACCACCAAACAGCUAAAUCAAAAAUAGGAGUAAAAUGUGCAGUCUCAGGGGAAUCAGGAAGUAUCUUGAUUAUAGAGUUAUGAGUGAGUUGAUCUGCAGGUAUUUUUUCCACAUCAAUAUUCCAUUAAGUGGGAAUUAAGGGUAAGUCAAGUCCGUUGAGUUCAGAGACAGAGUUUUUUGGUGUCAAAAAGUUGGCUCGUCUUCAACAGUAACCAUGGUAACCUACAAUAACUUUAUAACCUGGAUGGUCUUAGGUUAUGUUCAAAGUUUCAGCUUUAGAUGGGCUGUAAAGAGCUGUUAUUAAUGCCUGCAUAUGUCUUGUGGGGGCAUCAGGUUAACCUCAGCUAAUAAAUGUACAGAAGCAAAUGUUUGGAUAUCAGAGGCUUUGACCCGCAACUUAACCCGACUCCUUUGUUCACACUUUUAUCCUCACAAUGUGAAGUCUGAUCAUGACAGUAGUCAUGAGAUAAUGUUUUACAAUCGUAUGUAAGAUUAAAGCCACUGUUCCUUCAAUAGGUUUUAAUUUACUUCUCUUAUUCUCUUUAUUUUGUUUCCCUCUUAACCUCUGGAACAUGAGUCUGUUUGUGAAUCCACUGAUGUAAUAUGUUUAAUAAUAGCUGUCAACUUCUGUUUAAAAAAAAUCAGCAUAAAGACAAAUACAGUGAGUACAGUAACUUUGUUUUCACUUUUUAUCAAUGUGACAAGUAACGAAAGGUAUCCACAGUAAAAGUCAAAGGACCAUAUUGAAGAGCAGAGGUGAGUUUAUCUCCAUCUCUUCAGCUUUUAUAUUAAUCUAUCCUGCUUCAAGCUGCUGUUCCAGGUUCAAAAUGGUGUAAUAAAAGGUGUUAUAAGCCAUGGUAGUUACCAGACUCUGCUGCCAUCUUGGUGUUUAAAAAUAUCUCCUUGUUUUCAGUUCAUUCUGUUUAAUUUUAGUUGACUGUUGUGUUAUGAAUUUAUAUUAUUCACUUUCUUUUUCUAUCUUGGAUUUGUUGUGAAGUAACUGUGCAUUUUUCAAAGGAAGUUUUAGAGCAUGUGGGAGGGAUUUGGGGUGGGAGUCUGGUAGUGUACUGCUUUAUUUGUGUUAUAUGUUGGCUGAUUUACACAGGGCGAAAAUGUAAAUAAAAUAUGCGAAAACAAAAAUAUAUUUCCUGACAAAUACUCUCCCAUUGAAUGCACUAACCGACCCAUGUUAUUCCUAAUAAGGAUUCUGACCAGUAUUAAUUUUGACUGACAGUGUUUUCAUUUUUGAGAGGAUUGUGCAUUUAAUGGCAGCUGCAGCUGUCGCUGGACAGAGCAGGAGAAAUAACUCAGUUUCCCAUGUUACUUUAGAGAUCUUACCCAGGCCUUUGUGGGCAUCAAUGCUGGUGUACUCAAUGGUUCCAUUGUGGCCUUUUUUGGGAUUUUCUUUGUAUACUUUGUGGUUUCCAUCAGGACAGUAUCUGUAGGACAGCCCAUAGUCUGCUAGAUAGACCUAAAGCACAGGACAGACACAAACAAGACCUACAGUGAGUAACUUUUUCAAAGCCACCCAACAAAAAGACAAGACCUUGUCUUCUAAAAUGUGCAUACAGUGCAACAGAGUAGACCUCACUCCUGUGUAGUACGUGAAGCACAAAUGAUAGAGGUCAGCUGUGGACUCACCUUUUCAGGGUCUCUGUAACCCAGCAUGAGGUUAGCAGCUUUAAUGUCUGCAUGAACGUACUCGUGUUCAUGAAUAUACUCCAGCAUAGACACCUGACACAACCAAAUACAAAGCAGAGACACACAAGAGACACACGAUUAUGAGAAGCUGAGUGUGAAGAAAGGAUCAAUUCAUAUCAGGGGUCAUGUUCUGUUGGCCUCUUGGGUUACAUGAGGUCAUUAUCUGUCAAAGCUGCAUGAACCUUGAACAAAAAAUGACGAUAACAAGUAAAAAGGAGUGGUGGUUUAGAAGUGUGAGGGUGAUCUCACCAGUUCUUGGCCGAGUUGCAGCACAGUGGCUUUCUUCAGUCGACCACCAUUUUUAUCACACAUCUUCUGAAGGUCAGUGCCGAGACGGUCCAUAGCCAUGAAACGAUACCUGUGUAGUAGAGAAUAAAGCACUUGAUUUUCCUGAUUCUGAAUUACAUCCUUUUUUUUUUAUCCUUGACAUGAAAUGUAUCAACAGUGUACAGUUUUCUAGGGAGUAUUACAAAAAUAGAAAAAGUAAAGCAGCCCUUCAUCUCAUAAGAUAUUUUUGAAUCAACACUGUAAUGGAAUUGUAUAAAUGUUGGAACAGAUAAAACUCUUUUUCAGACAGAAGUCACAUUACUUUUAUUGGUGCACAUUAGGUUUCUGUUUUAAAUAAUCUUGCCACCAUUUUCACUCCAACAAAGUUAAGGAAUAAAUCAGAGAAAGCUGAGUUUCAACUGUGAAAAUUUCUAACACAGACUAAUGCCAUACACCAGAGGACUCUGGAAAAACUCUAUAAAGAUGCAGCAAAGACUAACUAACAUCCACAGACAAUGUGUCAACAAGCAACAGGUUUUCACUCAGGAUUUUGCAAAAACAGGCGAUUUUGCAGGGUCAUUAACUGCAAGACUGAAUCGAAAUUACUGUUGAAAAAUUAACAAUUUUUAAACUCCUGUUGGGAGUUUUUGACCUCUAUGAAAUAGAUGAAAUUAAUAUUAAUGCCAUUCUAUGUCUUAUCUAAAAGCAACGGGAUCAUUAGCAACAAGAUUGGCAGUUUGGUAAUCCUAAUUUUUAUUGUCUUAAACCAGUGUGAGCAGGUUGAUAUCAGCCGGGCAGCUGAAGAAACAUCCCUGUUCUCACAAUUAUAAAAUAUUCUCACUAAAUAAUACACCUGACUGCAGAGGUCAACAGGAUGAAUUUUUUUUUUAAUAGAGAAAAACCACCACCUAAGCUUGAACAGGGCAAGAGCAGCAAAAACCACAAGGGAGGCACCGAAACUGACACAAACUGAGAGUUCCUCACUCGAGCUUUAUGCAGAAAAACAACUGUAAUAUCUGUACUACUACAACCACUACAACAACAGUCAUACUAUUAAUAGUAGGAAUAGGAAUGAUGAUGAACAAUGAUAAUGCAACAUCAAUCAGGCUUUUGACAACAAAGUAAAGUACUGAGAAAAUUCCUUGUCGAGCAGAUACUGUCACCAACAGUCUUGCCUUUGAGAGCUGCAUAAACAUAAAUACAUUUUCCUUUAAAUCAUGUAAUAAUUCCUUACAACAGGUUUAGAUAAACAAGGAAAAAGUCAUCCUAUGUAACAAAAACAUAACUGUGAAUUAGGAGGCCAUUCUGAAUCGACUUUUGGCCUCGAAAAUCAAAGUUGAACUGAAGUGAGAGUUAUCAAAAGAUUCCCGCUUUACAUGGGUGAAAUAAAAUGAAUACACAUUUGAUUGAAAUAAAGAGUGGAGCUCCCACCAGUUCUGAAAAUCCUUACUUGAGGUUAUCAUAUUCAGCAAGCCCUGAUCCCCAGUAUGUCGGGAUGCCCAAGAAGUCCAGAUUCCUGCUUGUCUUCCAUUGAUGCACUGUUAUAAUAAAAAAAAUGUUAUUAUGUCAAGUUGUGUGAGCACAUCACCAUUUUCAAAGUCUUAUAUUAGGAGUAUGAAUAGACUGAAUGACUGGAGUCAAACCACCAACUAAAUUAAAAGUCAAAAUCACAAUGGCAGGGUUGAGGAGGCAGAAACCUUUGGGUCAAUAAGUUGUAUAUAUUUAAAAAAAAAAAGUUAAAGCAAAUGGUUGGUAACUAUGAAACUUUUAAUGAGUCUUAUUGUUUCCUAACCUUGAACUUCCCUCAAGUGUAGCACUGAUUCAAAGAAUUUUCUGAACAAAAGCCCCAAAAUUUAAAGAGAAAGAAGCAAAAGUUUGGUCCAGAGUUUGUCCUUGUAAGUGUAUUAAAGCAUACCUGCUAAUAUCAAUCUUACAGCAAGCAAGGUGAAAACAACUGCAAACACACACACACACCCACACACCACACACACGCACAGGCCCCAGACAAAGCAGUAGGCCUGGCUCAGGGCUUCAUGGCGGCUGGCUUGACUGGCGCUCAACCAGGCUGGCAGGUGGUCAGGGGCUCAGCGGAGGCCCGGCCAUCAUUACGUGUGAGUGGCUCCCUCUCCAAACGCAGGCGUUGGAGAGCUCAGACAAGCGCAGAGAGGGGGGCUAACAGCCACCGAGGUGCAUGUUUGCUUUGGCUUAUUAUUAAUUACGGUGCGGCAGGCAGCUAAGCCUCUGUGUCUGCGGCCACUACAUCAGUCAAACACACUCGUGCUCCAGCGAGCUGCCGUGGCGCUGGACGGGUGGUGCUACUCACUGCUCUCUGGUUUGGCUGCCCUCUGGUAGAACUUGAGCUCUGAGAACAGGGGGCCGUUCUCCUGGUACUCCUGCACAUACAAGCAUAUGUACAGUAUACAUAUUAAAUAUCUUAUUAUCACAGCUUCAAGAAGAACAAGGCAGGACAGAAAUAAAUAUGUCUGGCAUAAAUGUGUUGGCAUUUGACAAAAAUUGAGCAUCAUUACAUUAGUGCAACAAAAACAAGUGGAACAGUCUUCUCUGAUUUCAACGCUUGACCCCUCUUCAUCUCCACUUAAGUGGUUUACAAUAAACAUCAUGGUUUUCAUCUUGGAUAUGAUUGUAAGACAUUACAUUGUGACUACUACAGCAUCUAUUUGACGCAAUAGGAAGGUUUCACCCUCAUGAAUCCUGUCAAUGCCUCCCAGUCCAACAUGUGACAGUGUUUUUGUGAACAAUCCAGUUGGGAAUAUUUCCAGGCAAGAACCUCUGAAAUUUUCUGUAGUCAAUGUCCGACAAAGGCUUUAGACUGCAGCAGAUUUGAGACGGAUUUGCCCAUCCAUGAAACUGGGGGUUUCCUUGAAUACUAUCUUUCAUUAGUUGCUACAACAUGCAAGAGGGAACAGUGACAUCAAGCAGAUGUGAUCACCUUAACUACAACACAAGAAAUACUGUACUUCCCAGCCAAAAUCCUCCAUCCUUCAUCAUAUUCAAUGGCGCUGAUUCAUCCAGACCCGCAAUUGUUAGUUUUAAAGAAAGUCCACACUCACCAAGCCAAAUUAAGUCACUCUAAACCAUCAUUUAUGGCCUGAAAAGGAUACUCCACAAAGUACAGUGACCGCUAAAACUCUUCAUUUCAUUUAUUUAUCUUAGAACUCAUUCUGGCCCUGUUCUUAACUUAUUUACAUUUACCAAUACCUUUUGUUAGAAGUUAUAAGACCUCAAGCUAAUCUGACCAUUCUAGUACAUCUGGAUCUAGACCAAAAGUAGUCAUUUGUUUCCAUUUGGAUUCUUUCACUGGCACAACCUGGGACUGUGAAUGAAGAAGUACAGGGAAGUGUUUGGAGUUUUUUUUUGUGAGAGACAUGUCCAACUCAACCAACCUGGUAACCAAACCAGGGGUACGACUGCGUGUAGGCCAUAAAUGUAUGACUGUUGCCAAGAAAAAUCUGACCAUCCUUGACUCAUUUGUGAAUUAAUCAUGUCAAAAAUUGUGUUUGUGAGAAAAGUAAUUUUUGUCUUUUUACUUUACAACAUAAAGAGCAUUUCUUUCCAAAUCCUGAAGUAUAAUUAAGCAAAUUCAAGCCAGGGGACCCCCAUUAUAGGGCAAAUUUCAGUAUAAGGGGUCUAACAAUUAAUUGCAUUGACUUUUAAUCCCAGAGUGCACCUGUACGACAUGUAAAUGGCUGUGUGGCAUUCCCAUGUGGCAUACAGUGAUUCUUAAUCCUCUUAGUAAAUCAUGGAUUGCAGUGACAACAAACAACAAUAUAUUUCUGCAGUUUUAGUGAAAAAGGAAAAAUAAACUGCACAUCUUGGUCGUUUUCCUGUUUGGUGACAUUCUGAGUAUGCAUCUGGCUGGGCCAUGAUAUUAAAUGCUAAUGUAAAAUAUCAUUUUUCCAUGACUUUUAUAUGACUUCUUAAAAUUUUUAUUAAACCAUCAAAUGAUCAUAUAUCAUUUCUUGCGAUGUGCUACUUAACAUCAAAAAACACCAGUUUAUCUCAAGUGGGAUCUAAAGGUGUCUAGUAGUAAUAAGUGCAGUAUUAAUGUACUCACCACUUUAAUGACGAAAUCAGUGUCUGCUGCAACAGGUGUGUCCACAGUCUGGGAGGCUUUGAGAAAAUGAGAGACAGUGAGGACAGGUGAGAUGAAUGCAGACGAAAAAGAAGUGGUACAUCAUGCUUUGUCAGGACUGUUACUGUUUCAAAUUUAAAUUGAAGUGGCACCUCUUUAUCUCAUUUAAACUCCUAUGGUACAGUUCAGCACGGUACACAGUUACUUGCAUUUCCAUCAGCAGGUCAACAAAGCUACCCAAAUAAUCAACCCAUACCAUCCUACUUUCUUGGAACCUUCUAUUGGGGUAACUCUGGGCCUAAAGUGGCUUUAAAAUUGGGAAUAUGCUCAAUUCUAGUGACAGUCAGAUUGCACAUGAAUUUAAAAGUUAUUUUGUUAGAUCUGUUGAGGCACUAGCUAAUAAUUUUAAAGUUCACAGUGUGGAGCCUUCUGUUCCUACGACUGCAUAUAUGCAGCUAAUUUUAUAGUCAAACAAACAUACAUAAAUGAUGUCCUUAAAGGCGAGGCCUCUCACACACCUGAUAAACCUGUUCAUAAUUAGGCAAGUUAUUUCUUUUGUAAAAUCACUGUCCUGGUCAAAACAAAACAAAAGCAUUGUGUGAAAACAAGGGUGAUCUCUUAAACGAAAAUUUGGUUUUUGCUUUGAAAAGUGUUCUGGUGGUGUUUUCAUGCCAUAUAUUUCAUGCUUUUAACAUAAACACAGCUGAUAAAAAGCCACUAUACCCCCCAACCUCUAUCUUUAUGUAUUUAUUUUAUUUUUUAUGUAUCUCAGCUGAGAUUUGCAUGUCACUUCCAAAACUGGCAAGCUUUCUAUUUUCUCAAUUCUCAGCAGGUGGCACAGAUGUGAGAUGUGCUGCUCACACCAGCAGUUUAAAUGACAGCCCAAAUGCUUCCUCCAUGAAGCACCAGUUGACCAUGGAAACACAAGUCAGAUCAGGGUUUACCAAGUCAAAUCAUUACCAAACUGGACUGCUGCUGUAAACUUGAAAGUUGAGUGGAUCAAGUCUUUGCGGUGGAUGCCCCCUAGUCAUACAAAUAUGAAACAGUCUACCUGUUUUUAGAUGAACUGUUUAGUCACAUUUCCAGUCCACUGCUUUGGACCACUCUCUCAUGAUGGCCUUCAGUUCAAGUCAAGCUCGACUCUUCCUGUCUACUUGAAAAGUAUUUCAAAAUAACUCUGUUUAUUGUCUUACUUCUGAUCUUAUCUGCUUAAUCGCCAUCAUUUAUCUAUUAUAAUAUUUGUGUGUUGUUGUGUACGGGUGCUCUAAUCUUUUGCUUUUGUUUCUUUUUACUGUCUGUCUUGGCUGAACAGCACAUUGAUCAGUUUGAGCUGUCUUUAAACCUCCUUUAUGAAUAAACUUGUCUGCACUCAACAGGUGUGCGUAGGUGUGACUUAAUAACAAAGAGUUUCAUAUUUACCGAGGUAGAUCAGUCCAAAUCCACCUUGACCGAGGAUUUUGCCAAGCCUCCAUUUCUUCUUCUCUGUGUCAGUCAGUAUGAAGCCCUCUGGGAGAGGUUUGGGUAAUGCUGCCUUUCUUGGUGCCAUUAAAACUGAUUGGGUUUAAGAAAACAUAACAGAAAGUAUGAGAAACAUAUGUCAAUUGAUGAUGAUUCUGUCGACUUUAAUGAAAGUCAAAUGGGAAAGCCUGCUUUAAUUUGCAGAUUGAGAGUAUAAAUUUGUCCCGCAGUCAAACCAACGACCGAAAACCGCUGAAACGGUUAAAUAACUUUGAUAACAUUGAUGGAAAGAGACCAGCGGUUCACAUUGAGGACUAACAGCUGAUCCUGCUGUCUCAAUCACAACAUGGUUUAUUAUUUUACGACUUACCUGCUGAUUUAUUCACCAAACUCCGUCGAGGAUAAAUGCAGUACGUUGUCAGAUGAGUUUUCAGUGUUGAAACAUGUCGAUGAAAUGCCGUGUUUUAAUCUGUACCGCAUCCAAUUACCGGUGAAAGCAGUUAGACUGUUAGUUGGGGUACUUUCCAAACGCAAACAGAAACAACAGAACUGAAUCACUUCCUAGAGAUCGCCCCUCCUCCGAGAUCACGUAGCCAAUAGCGUGUCAGGACAAGGGCAGCAGCCAAUAGAGCAGCAGAAGAGGCGGGAGUUCAAAUCUUAACCCAUUGAUGUGAUGUUGAGGUGAAUCUCUAUAAACUAGAUAGGAUAUCAUCAAAAAGUUCAUUUAUUUCAGUAAUUCGGUUCUACAGUGACAUUCAUCGGUGUUAUCACACCUGAAAGUCCGGACCAAACGACAUAGGUGUGAAAGCCCCCUUAUUUUAUAGAUUCAUCAUACACAAACUGAUAUAUUUCCUGUAAUUUUGAUGAUGAUAACUUAUCCUUUGGGGAUAAAUAAUGUUCUUGUAUCUUUAUCUUGUAUCUUACAGAUAAUGAAAAUCAAAAAAAUCAGUAGCUCAGAAAAUCAGAAUAUAGAAUUAAAAAAAAGUAUUUUAAACAUAGAAAUGCUGGACUACAGAUAAGCAUGAACAUGUACAGCGCUCGAUACUCGGUUGGGGCUCAUUUUGCAUGAAUUAUUGCUGCAUUGCUGCAUAGCCAGGAGGCAAACAGUCUGUGGUUCUGCUGAGGUGUUAUACGGCCCAUGAUUCUCCUUUGAGUUCUCUGUAAGUUACUAUCAUCAAAGUGAAAGAAAUAAAAGCUUAAAAUAUAUCAGUCUUUGUGUGGUGAAUCUAAAUGAUAUACAAGUUCUGCUUUUUGAACUGAACUACUAAAAUAAAUCAUUAUUUUAAUGAUAUUUUAAGAUGAGAUGCAUCUGUAGUUUCCAAGGGAUGGAAGGGGAACUUUUUAUUCAGAUUAAAACAUGGGCUUCAUUUAACCUGCAAACAAACCCCUAACCCUAACCCCAUCCUUAAAUACGGGUUAAACUCAAGACUUUCAAGAGUAGUAGUCCUGUCCCUAUGAGUUUUUUUUUUUUUUUCUUACAUAAAUGACUUCAUCUUCCUCCUGGAACAUAUACCCUGCUUUUUGUAAGUUGCUUUGCCUCAUCUGUUUUCCUGUUCUGUAUGUAAUGUCUAGUUUUGGGGAAUUAUAGCAAACAUGUCUAUGUUUGAAAUGUUGAGUGAAAUAUAAAAACCAGAAGUCAUCAACAUGCAUGAAAAUAACCACACACGGCAAAAAUACUGUAUUAGAUUGAUGUGAUGGUAAUAGAAAAUCAUGAUAUCCAUCAGUAUGUGGCAUUAAAACAAAGUGGCAUAGUGUUGGAGGGAAGAUAGUACAGAACUUGGCUGAACAGCAGACGAAAAAAUCAAGAAAAAAAUCAAGGGUUGAUUUUCUCUCUUUCACUCUUUUUUAGGAUUUCAGCAAAAUGGAAAUCAAAGUCAUCAGUCAGUUUCAUGUAUUGGAGAAAAGCAGAAGUCAAACUUCUGAAUCAUCAAACUAGUUGCUGUCUGACUUUGACACAUUCAUUCUUGGAUAAUACAGUUUCACUUCCUUAUGAAAGUUACAUCACGUGCAAGAUGAAAGAUUUAACCACUAUCAUCAAAAAGACCAAGAUUUAACCACUACUUAGCAGUAAGUAGUGGUUAAACUCUAGAAUGAAAUACUCCCCUGCUCACCCUUCUGAUCAUUGAGGUGAAAGUGGCCUUUGAGGACAAGAAGAUUCUCUGAUCCAUAAUGAGUUUGAGCCUUAUUUGUCAAGUUUUACCAUCAAAAGCGUCCAUCAGUACAGACAUUUAUUUCAUAGAACAACUCUUCUCACUCUACUAAAUACAAACAGUGUAUGUGUCUAGUUUGUGCUGUCUGUGCUACAGUAGAAACAUGGCGGUGCAAGUUGGUGGCCUCUGUUGUAGGGGCUAGGUCUUGUGUAGAUUUAAAAAGCUUUUACAUUAAGGUGAUUAUUUACUAAUAUAAACAUAUGUAGAUAUGAAUAUUAUAUUCCAUUUUGACUGAGCCUGUUCAGCUUAAUAAUAUUAUAUUUGACACAAGUUGCCCUUGAUAGCUUGUUGUAUAGACACCUGUUUUCAUUACAAACCGUGGGUAUUAGGUUGCAGUUGGCAAGUCCCUCCUACUUUUUAAACCGUUUUUCUAGACCCCCCACUUUUACUCCUUCUUUCAACUGAACAAGAUAAACGGAUAAACUGUUUUUGAUGGUUAACUGAGUUUAGUUUUUGAUUGACUUUCCCCAUUGCUAAUGCUGCUUCGGCCUCUGUUUACAGAUGCCAGACACUUCACAACAGGGGGCAGGUUUGGGAGUUUGGUAUGUAAUCUCCCAUUACCACAAGCUUGGUAUUCCAUUCAGUAUUAAUGCACAGUUACGUUGAAUAACAAUUGAAUCUCGACAGGGCAAUUUAAAUGGACUACUGGGCUGCUGUACCCUGUUUACAGGCAAGAACUAAUUUAUUUACAAAGGGAGGUGAUAUGCUCCCUUACAGCUUAUUACUUUUGGGCUUGUCUUCCAGUCGGCCAACCGCCUCACUCACCAAAACAAACUGCAAACACAUUAGCAAGAUGCUAACCACAUGUAUGUUCAACAACGAAACAGCCUCACUUCUACAGCUCUGUAAAUUUUAUAAAUAAUUCAGAACCUCUUUGAAUCUCUUCUUCUGCCAAGGUUUUGUUUACUACCUAACUUCCUAGCAAUGCAUUAAUCCUAUUCAACUUCUGGGUCAAACCCUGAAAUGUGGACCAUGGAGCAUGUGGAGAACACUUAGGCCAGUUUUAGUUUGAUGGAGGAGAAUCUAUCCGAAACUGCAUUAUCUGAGUAUGUUAGUCAAACUAUCAGAUAUUCAAUUUAGUGCAAUUUCAGUUUGUAUUUACAUGUUUUAAAGUCCAGUUUUAAUCACACUUACUCAAGAAGUUGAUUCUUUAAACAUGUAAAUGAUUAGCUAGGUGCUGAUGGUAAUGUGAGUUUAUAUUGUGUGUAGUUCCACCUGUGUGAUAGGACAACAUAAUCUGGAUAAGAUUUCUAAAUCUUUUUCACACUACAGCUAAAUAAAGGUAAAAAAGCAUAUCAAAAUGCUUCAUAAUAUGGGAAACGUACUCUUUCUUCUGAUACCCUUUAAAUAAACAGUAAUACUCCUUUAAAAGGGAAAAUACACAUGUACUCACUAGAUAUCUAACAAACCAAACAUCAGCAGCAGAGACGGUUUGCUUUCAUUGAUCUGUGUCAUUUUAUUCAGUAAAUACUUUUACAGCUUUGCUCUGUCCUUCACUCUCAAUAUGAUGCGAGUCUUCCCCCUGCACAAAAAAGACUGUUUCAUUUUUAAUUCAGUUAUGCACUCAGAAUAUUUUUUCAUUGAAAAGCCAAAUUAUUCUUCAGAGUUUCCUGCCAUCAAGUGGCUGUAGGUUGCUCUGCGUAUCAGAGCGGGUAUUUUGGAGAAAAUUUGACUCCGCUGAAGGUAACUUUAGUUUUACACUGAUCCAAGUACACACUUGUUGCACUCGAAAAUGCUCAGCCUUUGCAUGAAUACUUCACAUAGUCAAUAAGGGCAGCUGAUGUUAGCAGUAACAUGAAGUAAAAUGGAAGUAAAGGUGGUGCUGGAUGGGAUUCCGACAUGAGAUUGGGCCUUAGAAGCAGCCUCUUGUAAAAUGCUUACUCAACUUACUUUCUCUAAUCAAUACCAGUUUGUUUUCAGGAAUUCAGUCCUCCCUGUUGUAACCCAGCUUGAUCUCCGUUUUGCUGUACAACAUGGUCAAUAUCAUGCCUGCCUAAUCAACACAGGCUGCAAAAAACAUGUGUAACACCUGAACCAGUGGUGGACAGGAACUCAAGCAUUUCUCUCCACUCAUCGCUCCCAAUCAAGCCUGUUUUAUUCCGAUGAAAGGGGAGAGAAAAUGGCCUCUCUUGUUGUUCCUGUUCACUGUGCACCUGCAGUGAGCCUAUCGAUCUACAGACACCCUCAGGGCCUAAUUUAAGACUCAAGGAUUCUGCUAUGAAAGGAGGAAAAUAAAACAUCACUGGUUGAACAUCAGGUAGUCAUGAGGAGAACUGGAGGAAAACAGAGUCUGCUUUAGAUUGAAGAUGAGCUUUAAGUCCGGGGCUGUUUGCCUGGAGAUCAUUCAAACAACACUUCCAAUGAAUGGGGCCUAAUUAUUGCACCAUCAAGCCUAUAGCAUCUAAAUACCUGCUAUUUACUCAACUUAUAUUUCUUUGAUUCAGGAAUAUGUUUAAUUGCUUUAAUCCUUCCCUCACAUCUGUUUACAAAUGUGUACAUCAUCAUUUCAGUGAGGUGAGGAGCAUUUUCUUCUUCCUGAACUGUCAUGUAUACUCGAAUGGUCAAUGGCCCUACACAUCAAUACAUGAAGACUCAGGUGUUCUCUAGUUUUGCAUACCCAGAGCUCUUGCCUAUUGCUCUGUAAAAGUCUCAAAAACAUCUUGACAGAAACAUGAAUUAUUUCAAGUUUUGAUGUGCGACAAAGACUAGUAUCGAGAAUGUAAACUUGAAUGAUAUUCUGUAAAUGCAAAUAUAAGCUCCUUUUCUUCCCCGCCUCUCUCCUCAGCUAGGUGAGAAGCUCAUUUUGACUGUCUUGCAAAUCUUAAUCACGUCUUAGUUUUCUUGAAACUACGCUGCAUGUCUCCUGUGCUUUAGUGGAGUUCAAAGGAUGUUACAAUUGACUGUUUUCCUCUCUAUUAGUCACACUGUUAGCUUUUUGAGCUUUUCUUUUCAAUAGUCUUGAUGAUGAAAGGGUUUCAAAAAUCUUUGAAAGAUUAGCUGGUUCAAGGUCCAAAGUAGUCAAUCAAUUCAGUAUCUUUCACAGUUGCUGUUUUUGGUGGUUUGGUACAAAUCUGCCUUUAUGCAAUGCCAAAAACUGCCUAUUAGUCCUACAGAACAUAAUAACUGUGGCUUUUGCUUGAUGUCCCCCCCAAUGGAGGGUCCUAAAAGGAUCAAGUCCCCCCAUAAGCAGAUAACAAUUGCUGUCUUACCUUUUCAAAUAGAGUUUGCUAGAAAUUACUCCAAAUAAUCUGUGAUCUUUAGAUGUGUUGGGAGAUAUCUUGUUGUGCUUCACUGGGUUCAGGCAUUGCUCUUUUGCUGGCGUACUUUCCAAAGCAUUGGCCGAUUCAUGUAACCAGUUCUCUACAAAAAAGGGACUUGACUUCAAUGGGUCCAGUUGAGGUUAAAUGACUGGAGAAAGUCAUCGUCCUUGUCCAGCAGGGUAUCCACACAGUCAAUCCAUCCAAAAGUCACCAAAUGUUAACUUCAUUGAUACCAUAACCUCUCUCUGUGGUCCAGGUUGUCACCUUCAUCCCCUCUCCAUCUCCUGACCAUUUUCUCUCUGUUUUUUCCUCCCCACUCACUUGCCCUCUAGCUCGCCUGCUCUCCUCUCUCCCACACUCACCCUCACACUCUGCCACCUCUCACCCGGGGUAAUUGCUCUGUGAGCUCGGCGGUGCCUGCAGAACGACAGCGCAGUUUCCUCCCGCCGCCUCUCACACUCUGGACUCCGUGACACCAAUCUCGGCGAGGGCGCGACACCAUUUUGUGUAACUGGCCCUCGUGAUGGAGAUGGCGUAAUUGUCCUAAUUAGGGGGGCGCGGAUCGAGGCGGCCAUGGCUCUGACCCACCCCGGCCCGCGUCCAUAUGGUGGGAGGCUGAUAAUGAGCCGGUUAAUGUGCUGUGUCCAUCAGCGAGAGAUACUCAGUAUGGACGUUGUGCCAAAGAGAUGGAGGAGGUUUCACUCUCUUUGCCCUCACUUCUCCUUCCUCUUCCUCACUCACGCACACAUAUAUUUACAAUUUGACUCGAAUUAAAAAAAAAAAAAUGGACAAAAAAAUCUACUCAAUACCUGACGUUUUAAAGUGCUUAAUUACCUACAGUAGUCUAACCUGUCAGCACAUUAGUGGGCGUUACAUUUUGUCAGUAACAGUCUGCCCCCGAUCAUAAAAACGACAUUUUCAAACUGUUUCAUUUUAUGAAUCAUUUGUUCCCGGCCCUGUCUCUCAGCUCCCAUCAUGCAGCUGUGUCACUAUUUCAUGUUGUGACUUUGUUCCCUUUAUGAAUAUGAGAUGUAUUGCCGGUUCAAAUGAAAGUAAUACAAAUCUAAUGGCCAGUAAUGAGAUGCUAUUUUGCCAUUAUUGGACGUGGGCUGGGUCGAAGUCAGUGUGUGUGUAUAUGUGUGUGUUUGAGUGGGAGCAUUCUCAAUGCUGCAUAUGAUUUGAUGCUAAUAAAACCAUACUUUCUGCUCCAGGGAGCAGGCACUGACCAGGAUUCAGAUUAGGACUUAAUGGCUUCCAGGCCUGGGGCUAAAUUGAAAUGUAAAACCCCAAACCAAACAUCAUUUAGUCCUUACGUUUCUUGAUGUGGCCCAGCAAGUAAAAAUUGGAGACAUGUAGCUGUUUAACUGUAAUUUGCUUUGUUUAAUGCAAUCGUCGUAUUAAGGAGGCCAAGCUGCAUGAAUGUAAAUGCAUGUCUGGAUUUGCAUUGCUAUGCUAUGACUAUUUCUGUUAAUCUGAGUCCACUCAGCAGCCUCUUCAUGCAACAAUUUAAACACAUUUACUUAUUUUCCUUCUUAUUGUUCCUUUUAUUUUAAUACUUUUUUAAAAACUUAUUUUGAUUAAAUCUGGACCAGAACUGGGCCUGAAUUUAUUCAGUAAAAGUGACUCCCUCAUGGGGUUAGAGGGGUUAAUGAUUAAUAGGGGCCAAAUACAUAAGCAUUAGCCAGGUUUGCUGUCAUCCACAAGUUGAUCGUGAUAGUUCCAGAGAUGUCUAGAGAAAUUUACUCCACGCUGAAGUGACAGACAGGACCUUGCUCUGCUUGUGCUGGCUUUGAUGAAUGUUGAAACAAUUACAAUGAACAUUUCACCUCUGCCACUCACAAGAAAGACGUAUGCUUAAGUAAUACUAACGAAUACAACACACAGAGAAAAGAUGACACAGCUCUACAACCCUACAUGUCCAGAAAGCCUGGUCAAGUAUUAUGUUUGUAUACCAACAAAGAUCUUUUCUCCUUCUCCUCUACACCACAGCAGGUUAGCUUGUGCUAAUCAAUCUAACUUAAGUUACAUGUGUUGAAUCGAUGUGUUGGUAUUUGUCAUAUCUAUGAUUAUGUACAGCUUAUGUCUGAUUGUUUUUGACUGUUACCAGCCAAAGUGGCCAGCUUUUUGUGUUGGGUUAGGUUGGUUAAGGUUCAAAAAAGUCAUGGUUUGGGUAAAAUGUAAACUCUAAUAAAAGAUUUUGCUUCCUAGGCUAUAUUUGGAUGUGCAUGUUGGUGAAUACGUCAGUUAAACUACUUACUUUGGACUUGGACUUCAGUCUUUGAUGCACAAGUCCUGUUUUUAUGUGUUGAAAUAGGAAUAUCUAGCAGUCAGAUUCUAAAUGGAAACUCUCACCCUCCCACUGGUGAACCAUUGGUGACCUUUUAUGAUGAGAAACCCCAUUCACUCAAUAUUUUCUUUUACAAAAAAAUCUGCACUAAUUCCCACAAAGCAUAAAAUAUCUUAUGUUACUAUUUUGUUUCACCUUCUUGUCUGGGGACAUGGCUGUGAAAGAUGCAGCCCCCCUUGAAGGACACCUGCUCCUAUGUAGAUACAGAAGGCUGAUUCUGGGUUAACGAAAAUAAAACAACCUUUACAUUCAGGGAAAAAAACACUAAUUUUAACAUUUCCACCAAGUCUUUUCUGCUAAAUGCUGCUAAUUACUACAUAACCUUUAACCCAACAAUCUUUACUACAACAAAAGAGGAUAUUCAGGCAUUAUAUUCUCAACCACACUCUACUUUAAGCUUUCUAAAUGUACUUUGAAGUGCUUUUAAACUAGUUAUUUGUGCCCAUGUACACAAAACUUUAGAUUCGUAAAAAAGAGCCAUGUGAUGAGACCGAGUUUGAAUAGAUGUAGCCACACAAAGGCUGUAGUUUUUCUUUUCAUGCACAAGAAAAGUUAAAUAAAAAACUAAGAUAACUUGAAUUUAUCAUCGACAAAUUCAUGUCUUAGUGUAAGACGGUCCACUCACCAAAAAUCCUACACAGCCUCUCUGUGUUUGUUCAAGGUCUCCCUGACAGCAGAUAAAGUUUGUAGCAGCUAAACGCCCCAUUUCAAUUAUCUCUUUGGACAAUAAUCAAUACAAUACCACUGAAAACUCUUCUACCUGUCAUUUCUCAUCAAUCUGGGUAACACUUGUAGAAAAAGUGAAAAGAUUUGAAGCUUUGAAGGUGCAGUUUUCUCGAGCUCUUUACCCAUUCACAGCUCACAUUUGCUCUUUAAUGGUUUUGGCCAAGCUCAGGGUCAGUCUGCGGGGGAAAAAAAGACAGCAAGGAGGAAGAAAGAAGAAUGAUGAAAAAAACAUACACAGAAACCCUUUUUUUAGAAAAAAACUUUCAUGAGAUCUAUCCAGUCUUACCUUGGGAAGCAUCGAUUGGUUAUGGUCUACCACGUCUGGAUCAUGUCUCUGUUCACUCUUAAAUGUGGCUUUGAGCGAUAGUUCAUGGACUACGGUCACUGCCGCACUUUGUUCGACAAAGCAUUCACACAUCGCAUCAGUUCCCUCUUUUAACCC